GGAGGCGGUCCUAAGUGUCCUCCAGUCAUCCUCUCUCUGCACUCUCUCCCUGUUCACUUCAAUGCUGCAUUUGACCAGCAGUAGACAUGGGUGUGAAGACUAAGUGGUAAGAAAAGACUUCAAAAUUAACAUGAGGAGUUAACCUGCGCUUUUUACACCUAAAGGACCCUCUUACCUGGAUUUUUCCGCACUGGAUAUUUUCUUUUUACCUAUUGGCGGGGCAGGAAAGUUUGCCGUUAGAAUUCCUCCUCUCAUCUUGUGCCAGUAACGGUCAUUUUUCCACGCCGCUAGCUUAAAGCAUACCUGGACCAGGUCUCAUGUAGUCUCUCUAUCAUAGCUCCUUAGAUAGAGAGCUAGCUAUUGGACGCCAAAACAGAGGAUACAUCUAAUUCAACAAAAUGUAAUUCUUUGUCCUUCUCCGGAGGUAGCCAAACCCAGCCGGUAGCAUCUUAAAACAGCUGGGUUGAGUGGAGAAGAUUGUGGCUUAACGUCUUUUUUUUCCUCCACCAUAAGAAACCCCCGGACGUGUUGCAGUGGCCACCGCCAGCCAAAAUGAGCGUCGAUUUAAUUGAAUCAACUACAUGAGUGGAGCCCAAACAAACAUACAUUUCUCCCGAGGAGUGCACUUUGGUUUUUUCUUUCUUCCAUAUUCGCUGAAAUAAACGGCGCCCAGUUGCUCUGGAAAAUAUGGAAAGCGAGAUUUUCACCCCUCUGCUGGAGCAGUUUAUGCUAUCACCGCUGGUGUGCUGGGUAAGCUCCUCUUUGCUAAUUAGCUAUUCAAAUAUGGCUUAGGCUCACUAAUUAACCGCCUGUACCCAACCCUGUACAGACAUUUCUUUAAGAGUUUAUUGAUUAUUUUAACACCCAUUUGCUUCGCCAGGUGAAAACAGUCGGGCAGGCCACAGUGACCGAUGGCUCAAAACUGUCGGAAUAUGUUGAAUUGGUGGAUGGGAUUUACCUGAAUGAGGUCAUGCUUGAGAUGUAAGUAAUACAUAUACAUUACAGACAAAUCAAACUGUCUCCUGCCUGCACCACGAUAUGGUAUAUUAAUGAAAUGAGGGCAUACAGACUGGGGUACACCAUAAAUCUUAAAUUCAUCGAUUUUUCAAGAUGAAUAUCUGCUUUUAACACAUGGGAAAACUCUUCAUUUAAUGCAUGUAUACUUCUCUAGUGUUAUGGUUAUGUUUGUAACACCAUUUUGAUGCAGUUAAAUAAGUUUUAUUCAGCUUUUUGCUUACAUUAGGUUGAUUGGUGAUAAUAUAGUUAUGUAAAAACUGCUUUUUGGAUGACAAGUAUGCUUUGGGUUCAUUUGUUGGUAAAGGCCUGAACCAAGCAUGUAAAUAAUGAGCAAAUUAUUAAUUAUAGAGUAAAUUACUGAAAUAACACUGUAUGGUUUGAUUCACAGUACGCUCUAUAACCUUUAUGAUAAGUUUUUCAUACAUUUUUUUCUAAUAUUGUGCAGCCUUAAUUCAGAAAUUUAGCUUUGGACAUUAAACACAAUACAAAUACAUGCUUGUAUCCCUCAAAUCCUGCAAUAUAUGUUAGCCACUGCCAAGAACUAGACCAGUUUGUUCUGUAUUCCCUGCUGUUUAUAUGACAAGAAUGCUUUGGGUUCGUUUGUUGGUGAAGGCCUGUACCAAGCAUGGUAAUAAUGAGAAAUGUCUUGUCACAAAUCAUAAAUUAUAGAAUGAAUGACGGCUAAUUUUUAAUUGUUUGUAUGACUGUGAAAUAGCACUGUAUGGUUUGAUUCACAGUAUGUUGUAUAACCUUUCUAAUAUUGUGCAGCCUAAAUUCAGACAUUUUGCUUUUCAUUCUUGUUUCCCUUAAAUCCUGCAAUAUAUAUUAGCCACUACUAAGACCCAGACCAGUUUGCUCUGUAUUCCCUGCCUAGCACUUGAAAUUUGUCUGCUGAUGUGAAUGUAGGCUAAGCACAAAGGGACCAUGUAUUGGGGGCAGUGAUGGGUCACACUGUCAGAAAUCUCUGCAGACAGUUAUUGUUAGGAUCCCUCCAAGCCAUGUGGUUCAGCCCACCACAAGCAUCCAUAGUUAGAAGGAGGCAGCUCAACUGCUUUUAGUAUCUCAGUGUUUUUCUCUCCGGUCACCCCUAUACUGUCAUCUGCAGCAGACUGGAAGACACCCCGCCCCUGGAAGCUCUAGUCUAAUGUUUCCAUGCUGUGCUGAGGAUUAAUCUAGAAAUGGCAGCCUUGAGAAGAACCACUAAUAGCUGCAGAAUCUACAUGCACAUGACACAGCAAUGUAGAGCAUUCAUUCAUGUUGCAAUCUAGUCACACAUUAGCUUGUUUUUAUGGAAUUAAAUAGGGAAGUGGAUGCUUUGGCAGGUCUCUUUAUUGUGAGACAGCAUUGGUUCCCGGAGAAGACAAGGCAUUGGGUUACAAAUCUUUCCAGUCUCUUUAUGACAAAUUGUUUGCCAAAAGACAGCUUCCAUUUCCUUUUUCUGGCUUAAACUGUUACUUCCUGCUACCAAGGCAUUUUUAAAAUAUUUUCCUCUAAUGCCACACUCCACACAGUCAGCAUUUACUCCUUUUCACCAGUUAAGCAGCACACCAAAUAACUCUUUUUUUUUUUUUUCUGAGGUUUGUCAAUAAGGGGAAUAAGGUUGAGUUUGUCUCCUACACAGGCCUACUUCUGUAUGUCUGUCUGUACAGCUUUUUAAUGCGAGUAAUUUGAAAAGGGUUCCACUUGUCUCAGUUGAUUAAUUGUGACUCCCAGUUUCCUAUCUCGGUUUGUUGUCCCCCCCUCCCCACUCUGACCUCCUACUGUUUUGCUGCAUCACCCUACUUAGCUACCUACCUUCACAUUCAAGCUUCCACUUCCAUCCCUGUUUCCCAUGCUUGUUUGUCUUCCCCCUCUUAUUCUUCCUCAAGGCUGCAUCCCCACUCUCAGAGGAGGCCUUUAAAAUAACACACGUUUAGGGAGGUUAGUGCAAGUUCAUUUGGACGACUUGGGUGUCUGUCCUCUUCCAUGCACAGUCUCUGUGAAAUGAACUGUUCGGCAGUAUUUUUAGAGCAUUUUGCCCAGUGGGACAUUGAAUACUGGAAAACAACCAGGAGGUUAUGAGGGGGAAGGGUUGGAAGAGUUGGCAAGACAGGAAAUGAUUUGCCAGGAUUCUUAACCACAACAGAGAAGAUGAGCAAAGAAUUGGUCAGAGUUUGGCAUGCAUAAGGCAAACGUUUGGCUGGUUUGCAGAGAUUGAGGUGUGUGUGACUAGUUGCUAAGGAAGAAUUCUUUUUGAAAAUGAAUGGAAAAAGAAAGAAAAGUCAGCAUUGGUCUGUAAUGAACUUACUAAGUGAUCGCCUGACAGGAUGUAGGGGAUUGCCAGUGAUAGCUAGCCCUUUGUGUUUAUAUAUGUAUGUGGUUGUGUUUGUGUGUGUGUCUAUGUGCAUGUGCAAUUUUCUGCAGGGCUUCUGUGUGUGCGUGUGUGUGUGUGUGGGGGGGGGGGGUUUAAGUGUAUCUGGGUGUUUUCUUUGGUGCGUUUUGUUUUAAACUGAGGCAGCUGUUGGUAGUCGUCUUGCCCAGGCACCCACCCACACAGAGGGCCCACAGUGCUGGUCAGAUGUUGGUGAGACUGCUCUUUGUCUGUCUCUCCCUGCCUACUAGCUCUAAAAUUGACUGUAUCAUCAGCUUAAAUACAUAUCACAAUGUGUGUUUAAGCUCAUAAUUUAUCUCAAUUUUGCUGCAGUUGCGGGGAAACCUGCAUGUUGUUGCUGGACCUGAGGUUAGUGAUAAAGGGGAGACAUUUAGUGAUAUAGGCUACUCUGUUCAAGGUGUAUUCAUACAUGAAUCUUUACGUUGACUUGAAAUACAUAAGUGUUCAUUAAGAUAUCCGUCUCGUCAUCACUCUUAACUUUCAUUAGAGGUUGCUUAAACCAGAAAUGGGUUGACCAACUUAGUUGAAUGAACUGUUGGACUGUAGGGGAUAAACAAUGUGUAUUUGCUCCAGUUCUUAGUGUGUCACAAACACACUUUCAUCUCUCUUUCUCUCCCCUUUCUUAAUUUUCAAUCCAAUUCGGUGAUGCUUUGUUGACAUGAAAUGUGUCUCUCUUAUUUCUCUCUUCUUGUUUCUUUCUCUUAUUUCUCUCUCUCUCUUUCUCUUCUUACUUCUUAAGCUUACAAUUGAUCCAGACAUGCUAAAAAGUGCCUGUCUCUGUAAGCUUCUAGCCAUAAGUAGCUGCCUCACACACCUAAAACAAAGCUUUUAUCGCACUGCAAAAUGUUGAAUGGAAAACACUCUAAUGAAAUAUAAGCAUUAGUGGAGGAAAGUUGGAAAAGGCCACUGUACUUUAGUCAAAGAUGCUUGAGCUUUAGCCAUAUUUACCGGUGAUGUCAGCUGUUGCACUGUAAGCUGAAGUGUUCCGGUCUAAAUGUCUCCUUAUGGCCUCAUUGAAGACAUGGCAGACAGGCUGGCAGCAGUUGUUAUCAGGACACCAUGGGAGAGAGAACCUGGGAUUAUCUAACGGUUUGCUGACACCCAGAUGGCACCGUGUCCCUUCCCCCUUUUGCCCUCUUGUGACUGACAUUACCCAGCCAAUUAGAUUGCCCUCCUCUGCACUGUCAAACCAAUUGGUUUUCCCGCUCAGCAAGAGGGAGCCAAUUAAAUUUUUGUCAGGGUGACAACCGUCCUGUUAAAUUCUUUGUUUUGCUGCCAGUGCUGCCAACCCAUGCUGGCUUGUUGGCCUGUUUGGUGAACAGGUUAAUCUGUCCUCCUCAAACUUAUGGAAAGAGAGUUAUGUGAGGUAUAUACACCUACAAUUAUCAAAAGAGAUUUAGAAGAUCUUGUUUGAUUUAUAUGUAGGGGAGAUCUUUUUUUUGAGAAUUAAACUUUCAUUUUCCCGAUCUACAAGUUUAGUUGACCCAACUUCAACCCUAAAAGCUGGAGAAAGAAAGACCCAAGCAUAAGAAAUUGAAAUAUAUUGGCAUUACUGAAGAAUGUUGUUUUUUGGGUUGCUGUUUCUAAUGGUCUUAGUAUUCAGACAGAUCUUUGCAUGUCUAUAAAAGCUAUAAAGCUAUUUACAGCUGUGGCACUUGUGGGAAUUAGAUCACAAACAAAGGCAGCCCCCAGCAUUUUCACCUUGAUAUUGUUUUCUGAGAAAAACCUGCAGACAUGGGUACUUGCCUACAGGGUUGGGUACCAUCUCAGUUUGUAUUGAUUCUGGCUCUGAUUCCAGUUCUUGAUUCCAAUUCUGUUUUUUAGCUGGUACAUACAAAAACGUUAUUUUCUUUUUGUCCUCCAUUUAUAAAAAAUAAACACCACUCUUAUAAGGAUCGACCAGUAUGGAAAAUUAAAAACCUAAACUAAAUACUAAACUCAAAAUCAACAUGCAUCAUGUGCCACAGAGACCUAACCCCUUCACUUCAUUGAAGCCAGUCUUUAGGGCCACAUUACAGUGAAUCACAUACAGGAUGUAGCCCUCACUAUGCUUGUCAUCACUUCCUUUCAUGCCAAAAAUGGUUUGUUGACACACCAUGUACACACAAACACUCACAGAAUUUGACCAAUGGUUCUGAAGAAGAGUGUUUGUUCAAUCUCUGGACUUGUUGUACAGCAAAAAAGACUUCAACAAGAGACCAACUGUUUUGAUUAUGGUCAUGCUUUUUGUAUGGCCCUGUUGCUGCAGUAGAGUAUUAGACUAUUCUAUUAGACUUAACUAUCUUGCAAUGUUUUGUGAUUACCAGGAGAGUCUAGAAAAGGCCACAAACAAAGAAACAUAUGAGUAGCUUCUCUCCGGGUUUUUAUUUUGAUGUUAUAUUUUUCAUUUUCCCUUUGCUCUUAAAAUUUGAACUCCCUCAAGAAACUUGGACGUACUAGUCAUCAUACUUGGUUAAAACAAAUGGAAUUUAUAAAAGAUCCUCAAAACACUGUUAGGAAUAUCAUAACGUGAAAUUUCCUCAUUUUUGUCGUGUUGGCUGGGGUUUGCUCCAACCAUCAGCUUAAUUUUUUUUCACUCAUUCAAAUCCAAGUUUUCUCAUUCCACUUUUUUGUCUCGACACUUACUGCUUCUGCACCCCAUGCCUCGUGCCUUCUUUUUGGUAAAUGUCUCACCUUAAGCAUUUGUUGGCUCUCUCGGGCUUGUUACAGCAGAAAUAUUUGAGAUUCCAGCUGCACCAGAGAAAAGAGAUGGGCAGAGCUGCUGCUGGAAUGUCAUUCUGUUUGACUCUACUGCUGCUGCUGCUGCUGCUGCUGUGUGGACUGUGGCGUCCCCACCCUUCCACAUCAAAGUGUAGAAUUAAUCUGGCAUCUCUCAUAUUCAUCUUUGUGCCACGCCACGCUCUGUCUGCCUAGCAGGAGGAUGUGUAUCGAGUCAGACAGGAAGCAGCAGCUGUGACCUUGAGAGGACAAAACUUUCACAAGGCUGUGUUAAUGUGAGGCACUCAAAAUCCCACUACCAGGAACAUAUUAAAUCCCACAGGAACCUUUGUCAGAUGUCAGGCGGAGUUUUUUUAAUUUUUUUAUUGCUGCCAAUUUAAAAGUAAGAGAAUUUAUUUGACGUAAACUUUUAGAUGCGCCGGUGCUUAAAUAGUCAUUGUUACAGCAUGAAUAGUUUGACCUGUAUUUCUUUCCAUUUAAAAGACAAAUAGGAGUUAGUUGAGACUGAGGUCUUGUUCUAAAGAUGUUUUUACUGAAUUUCAUUCUGUUUUAUAUUUCAUUACACUUGAUCAAAUUUGUCUGUCUGUGUUUUUUGGCCAUUUGCUGUAGCUGCUGCUAAUGCAAACUCAUAACUUCCUGCUUUUGUUUCAUGUUAUUGCCUCAGGGGACACAAUCCUUCUUUUUCUUUACAGACUUUUGCUGUGACACAUUUGCAGAAAACAUUGAGUUUCAUGAGCAGUAGUUUAACAUUUCUGAUCAAUUAUAUCAUUCUGUGAAGACAAAGCACAGCAUAAUUACCUUGUCCAACCAAUGGUAAUGUGCAGCAUUUGAUUUUAUGUGGCAUUGUGAUACAAGCCUUUCUUUUGGGAUGAACCAGAUCCGGUGUAGUUCUGCAAGAAUGAGUUUAAUUGCCAUCCCUAUGGAUACAGUGGUAGAGCAGAGGAAUGAGAAGGGGCCUUGUGGAAACACCAAGACAAAAACAGGAGAGAAACAAGUCUUUGACAUGACAAGAAAAGGAACUAGGGUGAUGAGAUCCACAUACCAGUGGUUUGCGCUUUAUAUUCCACAGUUCCCGUAGUUGGAGAAGGUUGUAGGUGAGUCAAUUUGGCUAUCGGGUUUGCCAAAUAGUUAAGUGUCAAUUGAAAUUCCAGCAAUACAAAUAUGUUGGGUUUUGUAAUAUCCUGACAGGCGAUGCUAUGUGUUCAAUGUGCUGCAAACAUUCAACAUAGUGUGACAUAUUUGGCACUCGAAAUCUACCAUUUAGAAAUGCAGUCAGUGUGUUAAAAUGUAAUCCAGUAUAACAAGAUUUCAUUUUAACAAGAUCAAGGCAGAGAUCCAAGUGUUUCAACUGUCAGGCAAACAUUUAAACUUGGCUUGUAUCGAGGCUCCACUGAGUAAAUCUUAUAAUUUGAUUGCAGAGCAAAAUACUCUCUUGAGUUACGCUUAUCUAUGCUCUCCUAUUGGGUUGCUUUGUCACACAAAGUACUCCCUUUCAAUCUUUGAGCCCCUAUUGAUCAGUCGGCUGGAAAGAGAAUUCACAAUCGAAUCUGAGCAUAUGGAUUGCUAAAAUGGCUUUAAUAUCAGUGUUAAGUGAGGUGGAUUCACUGAGGUGAAAUUUAGCAUUUUGAAAAUCUCGACUCCAGGUUCCACUUUGUUGUGAGGUGAUGACUUGUCCUAGGUAGUGUUUCAGGUGAUAAUCCAAAUGUUUCAGACUCUGACCUACAAACUUAUCCUGAACUGAACUGUUCACCUAAGCGAGGCCUCUAAUAAGUGCUCAUCCUCUAGAUUUGUAUUACUGUUAGCUGUUUGUCCUCUUGUGUGUCUCACAAACAUCAGCACAAACACAAACAAAUCCCCUGCUGUGUUUGGACAGUGCAGCUCGUGAGCUCUGUGCCCAACACGUGGCAAAAUAUAACCUCCAUUGUUUUUUUUUUUGUUUUUUUCUUUGGUGUGUGUGUGUGUGUUUGCAAUUUUAGCCUACUUUGUCUGUGUGAGCGUGUGCCUGCCUGGCUGCCCAUCCUGACUGUAAUGUAGCCUGUCAUAUAUAGGUUAACACUGCUCCCCAAGUUACCCAGCCAAUCAAAGCCAGGAGGAGGGAGGAGAAAGCCCAUUGGCCCCAGGCGCUUCACAAGGCUGCAGUGGCUAUCCACAGCACCGACAGAGUGGCUUAUUGACUGGAUGUCUGGCCAGCCUGCUCAGUAGCUGUCUCCCUUCCAGGCUGUCUGCCUGUGUAUCCCUAAUCUAUUUGUUUAAAGUCUUAGGUUUACCAUAUCAGCAGGAACAGGGAGUGAGUCAAUAAGUGGGAUUUUUGACCCCAGUUGCUGUUUUAAGUCCCUGUAUUUAUUCAUCUGCUGAUCCACAGGGCAAGUCAGCCUGUCGUCUGCUUGUUCGGGGACUCAGAGAUGGAGCAAAAUAAACUAGAGGUGGAUUGUAUAGUGUUGUUGUGGUCAUGUUGUUUUGAUCGCCAUGUUCUCGACUGACUAUGACAGUGAUGGAAUGUGUGAACGAAGUGAACCUCGUCUUUGCUGCUUUUCUCCCUUUUUAGCCUCCUUCUGUCCUUCCAAUAGACACACCCCCUCAUUCACUGAACCACUGACCUCGCCCUGACAGGAUUACAGCCUCCUCUAUGCUUUUUAAUUAACGGGUUAAAUAGACCCCCUACUAUGAACCUCAAAAGAGGCUGAGUGUGUGAGCGUGUGUAUGGAGGGGGGGAAAUCACAUGACUGUUCAUUUAGAGCACUAUUGAAAAGAAUCCUCUGUCCUUCUAAUUAGCUUGAUUCUGUGUGUGAGAGAGAGAGAGCGUGUGUGUGAGUGUGUGUGAGUGAGUGAGUGAGUGAGUGUGUGGCAUAUCAGGGGCUGAUCAAGAGACUAACACAUGCAGGCUGCUCACACUUGCCUUUUUCUCUGGGUAAUGUAAAAAGCAUCAUGCUUUAUUAAAAUGUGAUUUAAAAUUUAUAAAUACAUUAUCUAAUCACUACAUUAGAAAUAAAUAUAUUACGGAUGUUAGGCAGUGGUAUAGAUGUUUUGGAGCAACUCAGCAGUCAAUUCAACAUUUUUAUUUUUAUUUCUGUAAAAACUGGUUUUAAUUUGCUUUGAGGAAGAAACACUGCAAUGGUGUUGUUCAGUUAUUAGGAAGAUGCCACUCAAACAGAAGUCCCUCUGAAUAAGGCAAUAUGUUCUUUAAAAGAGUCCUUCACCUUUAAACUUCUCUAUCAAACAGAACAAGGCAGAUAAGAAAAGAGAAUUCUGGACUGUUUCUCUUUUUUCCUGUCUUGGUGAUAUUUCAGGAUUGAGCUUGAUUUAGCUGUUGGCUGAUGCAGACACAGGCGGGGCUCCACCUUCAAGGGCACAGAUGCAGACACAUGCAUGACUUCACAUGUACUACACUACAUGCAUGCAUGCAUACAUUCAUAAGCAGUCAGGGCUGUCCUCCCCCAUACUGAUGGCAUGUUGACCCUCAUAUAUAGGUCAUGCUACAUACAUGCUUUGAAGUCUGAGGUGCACAUUAUGAAGAGAGAUCUGCUCUUUAACAGAAUUGUUGUAAGGCUCAAAAAAUCUUUGAGCACAUGGCUAGAUCUGUUUUCCCAGACAAUCCCAAGGCAAGUGUAACAUAAAUUAAUUACAGGAGUGAUGUUUUUUUGGAGAGGGGUUGGGUAAGAUUUUACUACUUUUCUCUUGUGGGAUAUAUGCAUGGCAGGGACAGGAUGACCCUGUCAAAAUAUGAUUCCUUUGAUGCUGUUUGACGUCUGUGCACUUUUGAAGGCCUGAACAAAUAUGGACUAUUUUCCUCAAAAGAGCCUUCUGGUGUAACAAUACUAUUUUUUUAAAGGUGGGCAAUUAGACAAAGUAGUGCAAGAAGUAGGUUCUUAUAUCACAGAUAUGAUGCAACGAUUAGACCUAUGCUGUGUUUAGUGUUAGUGGAUUUAGUUUUUAAUGUCUUAAAAACGGCCACUCCAACAAAUUUUUAAACAGUACUGCUCAUGCUAUAAAAGGUAGCAGUAAGAAAACACUGACAUAUGGUUAACACGGGGACAGACAUUGGCUGAUAAUCACACGGAUUACUGAUAAGUUCUGACAAGGUACCUGACAAAUAGUCGGAAUGUCAAGCAUUCCAAGGGGACAGAAAAACGCAAACACAAACUGCGAGAAAGCUUCUUUUUGCAUCAAUUAGUGACAUCACCAGUCUUGUCAGUGAGUAUAAUUCAAAACGAGUCUUGAGAUGAAAUUAGGUUUGGUAUUCCAAAAGCAAUUACCAUAGAUAUGCAAAUGGUGGCUUUCAAGAUAACAGUGGCAGGGGAGGUGGUGCUGGUUUACCUUGUGGAAUGUCUAUAAGACUCACUAAAACAUGUUGACACUUGUGAUAACCUCAGUUGUCAUGCAUGCUCCCUUUUAAUGUUCCUCUGACAACACACAGCCAGAGGAAUACUUGGGCUCUUCGAAGAGUGCUAAAUUACUUCUCCUUGAUUGGGACAAACAGAUGAAAAUUAAGGACACAAUUAAAGCUCUGAGAAUAUCUGGAAUUCUUUACCUUUAUACCUACAAUCAGAUAAAUAUCAAUUCUGCUAACUGAUAGUCAUUGUUAUAAAAUAUUUCCUAUUGGUUUGAUAUUCAAGGAGAAACCUUCUGUUGACUGUAUCAUAAAUCUGUGAUGACGAUGUGACCCCAAAAUGCCUCUAGAAACCGUUAGAAUUGAGUUUUUGUUGUCUGAAACUUAAAUGAAACCCAGUGUAAGGGGCUGCAAUUCUUUAGGCUGUCUUUGAAUACGUGUUUUCUUUAACAUGAAUAUGUGACUGACCCUGCUUGAACAAGGAUUUACUGUCACUGUACUGCUAAUGUCUCUAGCCAGACUCCUGCACAUUUUUUCACUUUUUACAACAUGAUGUCAACUGACACAGGAAUACAGUUGAAGGGCACAUGCUUAGACGCAGUACUUUUGAGGGGAUUUCUGCUGAUAUUGUCUGCGCUGCAGAAAAAGAGAUUAACAGUCUGCUGUUUCUCCCCACCCAGAAAUCCCAAAGCCACCGUGCAAAGGACCAACAAGAAAGUGAACAAUGACCCUACGCUACGCAUACAGAACCUCUCCAUCCUCAUCAGGCAAAUAAAAGCCUACUAUCAGGUAAGAUUUCUUUACGCUGAUAAACUACAAAGUCAGCUAUCACUUCUCUGAUGUUGCAUGGAUACAGAUAAGUAUAUAAAAAAGUAUAAGAAAGGCAAUCUUAUAAAGUAUAAAAGUGGAAUUUAGCUCCAGGUCACAACAAACAACUUGUUAUCUCAAGUUGUUUACAAAAAGGUCCUCUCUAUCCCCAUGCAAGUUAAUGCCUGAACUGGGGUGGUCUUCAUCAGAAGCCCUUCCUUUUUCAUUACAUUGUAAAAUAUAGUCAGAUAAAUGGCUUUCUCUGAGUCAUAUAAAGAACUGGAUGUGGGCAAAGACUUGACAGAGUAAACACAGAUGUAUCUGCAGAUGUGCAAGUGUGCGACUUAACUGUGAUGCGGUAUGACCCACAGUCAGAGGAAUUUGUGCAUUACUUAAAAGUUGAUAUUGACAUAUUUAGUUUCAGUUUGACUGAGGUGUCCCCAGUGAACAACCCUUCACAAAGCAGCUUACAGCAUUUCUUUAAUGCUUACAAGAAAGAUUUUGAAGCUUUGGUCAGAGAGCUGUGAAGGUGAUUGAAGCCAAGUCACAUGUGGUGAAGUCUUAUCUCCUGCUCAGACCCUGAUUACUGCCUGGCAUUUGGCACGAGUCCAUCAAGCCCUGAAACACAUCAGUUUACAAUCUCACCCCAGGUAAUCAUUACUUAGACUCAAACGGAAAUGAUCAAUUAAUGAGCUAAAAAGAAGGUCAAAAAGAAAGUGCAAGGGGCGACCUUUGUAGGAAAGACAGGCUCCCUUCUAACAAGAUGCUGGAGAGUUAGCCCCAAACUUGUGAAAAGAAGCAUUCAGAGCAUAUUUAAGGAAAGAAACACUUGUACAAAGCCAUAGAGGCAGGUGGAAAUGAUAUAUUAAUAGAAUAAGCCAAAUAAGCACUAGUAGACCUUACCUAUUGGUGUGAUCAUUUUAAAUGCUACAUGGUUGAUUUUUCUAUGUAAAACAACUUCAGUGAGAAUAUUAGAGGCUAGAUGCCAAAGAUCCAUGUAAUCCUUAUCAAUAAUCCAUCUCACUGUAGAUGCUACAUUUGAAAUCUUAUCCGUUUCUGCUAAGUAUUAUGCACAAUAUUUCACAGAAUACAUCAAAAGUGAGAGGAUGCAAAGUUUAUGUUGACUUCAGUCUCUUCCAGCUUGUUAGCAUACAAUUAACAUACAAUACCUAGGGCUAAGGCUCAGUCUGGUUUUCUGGUAUUUGGUUGGUUUUGAUUUAAUGUUCCUAUGUUAUUUGGACACAGAGGAAGUUAUGAAUCGUUGUUUAAUUUGCUUUAUUCCUUUGUGUUCCUGUAGAUCUCUGUAGAUGAAUUUAAAGGGAUAUUUUAGUAUAUUUGAAAUUGUGCACUAUUUAUUUAACGCAGCUAAACAUGGGAUCACAGAGGCUCCCGAGCAAACAGGUCAAAUUGUUUGCCAAAAUAGCUUCAAUAUGCAGAGUUAGCACCACCACCCUCAGAUAGUCAAUGUCAACAGAUCUGCACAGGUUACACACUACUGUGAUUGAGUGCUACUUUAUCCAGAAAAAGCCUACAUUGAACUUUUUAUCUCUAUUUCUAAAAACAAAAACUGCCAAAACAUCUGAGUAGAGCCCGAGGUGUUCCCAGGACAGCUGAGAGACAUUAAUCACAUUGAAACAGUUUUGAGAAUUAAUGACUCUCUACAUAGAUUCAAUAGUGUCUCAGCUGGGUUUAUGAUGAAGGACCUAGCAUGCUGCUGCAACUGUGCAGUGAGUUUAGGAAUGUUAUUAGGGCCAAGCAGUUGUACAGACAGACACAGAUUUCCCACACAUUAGGGUUAGUACGGUGACCCAAAUCCUCAGGGGCUGUGGAUUUGCAUGAGUGUUAAAGGACUGUACUUUUGGUGUUAUUCAAAUAAUGAAUUAAAUACAGAAAAAGAUGAUUCUUUAAAGUUAUGCUUGAACUGGGUCUUCUUACAUUUGAUUUCUUGAGUUUUGUUUCUUAAGUUGAUUGUAAACUUGUAUUUGUUGUUCAAAUUUGCCCCAGAAAUCAAGUGGAGUUCCACUGAUUAUUUAAUAGCUUUGUUAGCUCUGGUUUGCCUUGGCUCCAAACAUCCUGUUAAUCUCCCCUCUGUCAUCUUAUUAAACAGUCAGCCUAUUGUGUAGACUUUGAUGUUAUAAACCCACCAAAGCUCCACAAAGCUGCCUCAAAUUGUUAGCACAAUAAUCUGUCUCAGAGCUGUUAGGUCAGUGACCACGGAGGUCAAGUAGCAACCAGUUGAGUCGAUGGAUGAUGAGAUGAGGUGAAAGGGUUAACUGGGGGCUUUUUGGUGGCUUGGUUAGCAAGUAGAUACAACCUGCAUCUUUACAAUCAGGGGUUCUACAUGUUUAAUUAAGUACAACCUUACUUUUGCAUUAAGAUUAGGGAUGCACAAUAUUUAUCGGACCGAUAAAAUAUCGGCCGAUUUGGGGGAAAAUUACGUCAUUUUUUAUCGGUCCGAUAGGUGCAUUUUUCCGAUAGAAAGAUCCGAUAUAUUAAUGAAAUUACGAGUAACGUUUGCAGGCGGAGCAGCCGCCCGACGCGCCUUACUCGCAGGUCCCAAGCCUGACCCCGUCACUGCCUGACUGAUAAUAAAAUGUCUUCACCAGCAUGGUCGUUUCUCUCAGUGGCAGAAGAUGACAACAGCAUUGCUAUAUGCAAAACCUGUUCAGCGAGGAUUCCGAGAGGAGGAAAGAAGACGUCAAGUAUUAACACAGCGAAUCUGAUUGCUCAUCUGAAAAGUCGCCAUCGCGGCGAAGCGGUAGUAAAAGAAUAUGAGACAGCCGCCGAAGCUGCUAGCGGUACUAAAGCUAAGACAACAACACUACGGAGGAUCGAUGUCCCCAUUCAGCGGGCGUUUAAAAACUGCAAAAGCUUCUCAAGAGACAGCGAAAAGGCUAAAGCCAUUAACGACAAAGUGAUGGAGUUCAUAGCGGUCGACGACCAGCCUUUUUCCGUCGUUGAGAACCCGGGUUUUCGCAAGUUAAUUGCACACUUGGAGCCACGUUACACUCUCCCAAGCCGCCGCUUCUUCUCGGAUGUGUCUCUUCCUGCACUCUAUGAUAUUGUCGCCACAUACAUUCACAACCUGAUCGACAAGAACGGACUACACGUGAGUUUUACCACAGACAUAUGGACGUCAGAUGUUAGUCCGGUCAGCAUGCUAAGCCUAACGUCUCAUAAUAGCUCCUUUACAGUUUACAGUUCUGUUGAACAGUUCAGGGGAUCAAAUGAAGUUCUGCUUUUUGCUCUGUUAUUGUUAUUUAUAGCAAAUGACCACAUUUGAGGAGCCAAAAACUUUUGUUUGUUGUUCUAGAUAGGCCAGAGCAACAGAAAUAUCAGUUUUCAAUCACUGCAUCCUGCACAAACUGCAGAUUAUAUGAAGAUUAUAAUAAAUGUAAAAAUAUGAAUUUAUCGGUUAUCGGUAUCGGUAUCGGCCAUGAGAAGAAGAAAAUUAUCGGUUAUCGGUAUCGGUUGAAAUUUUUCAUAUCGUGCAUCACUAAUUAAGAUAAGAGUAUUUGGUGAUUUAAGCAGGGAAAGGAUUAUUUCAUGGUAAACUCUGUGAUGCUAGAUUUUAAUCAAGGACAUCUGCAUUAUUUCCUGUUUACUUUUAGUUCCAUUUUUGGACCUUUUAAAAGGAAACAUAGGCUAUUUCUGCUUGUUAUUUUUCAGCAUGAAUUGAAAAUGAACUGCACAGAUUUUUUUGUCAAGUUAAGUCAGCCUCGGUCUGUGUGGCUGGAGUGUUGAAUGGACAUAAGUCAUCCCCUCAACCUGUCAGUCUGUCUGUCAUGUGAAGUUUCUGAAAUGUGUGCCCUUUUCAUGCUUUCAAUGGUGAUGAUCCACAAGUGAUGAUGGCCUUAAAGGACAAAAACUUUAUGUGAUGCAAAAGUAUGAUCCACCAUUCUACAUGUUUUUAUCAUCAAACCUAAUAUCAAUACAAUUUCUGCAAAACAAACUCUCUAUUGUUCUUCCAUCCGGAGCAUUACACAUGGUUCCUCACUCAAUACAAAAUGUAUGUGACAAGUUUAGGGGUUCUGUGCUUCAGUAGUUUCAUGGCAAUGCAAGAUGACCGCCUAUGUGGAAGUGGAGCGGUUUCCAUGUAGACAAGGGGACGCCAUAUAAAAAAAACUAUUUAUAUUAAGAUGAUUACCACAAAUUGAAGCAUACUUGCAGAUGUGUUACAUUUCUACCAAAUCUGUUCUGCUAAAUAUAGCUGCAUCUCAAAUAGAUAAUCUGGUUGCUGGUAUGAGUUUCUGUUCACCAUCAAAAGACUCCAGUUUUUAUUUGGGUCAUUAUGACGAAAGUCAGCUUUGUCCUUUGCUUUAGUGGUGCUAUCUUUUUCUAGUUGUUGCUCUGUAGCUCACAGGUUUUAUAUUUCCAGAGCCACAUGCAUGAAGACAGAACAGUUGCAGACUGUGGCUAAUGCGCUGAGCAGGUUUUCAAGUUACUGCACUACUCAGCACUUUUGCAGAGGACUCAGUGUAAGAGAAAGCCUUGUACGGUUGGUUGCUCCCUGUGAUUCAAUACAUUGAUUUCUCUUUAGACUCUUUAUAUUAAAUUAACCCAGAGUUAAUCUCAUAUCAGAGUUGGUCAGUGUAAUGCCCAGUAUGUUGUUUUUAUCUUUAUUCUAACCCAAACACUUAUCCAUUCCAUAUAAAUCAGAUUAAAUGAAACUUUAUUUAUCCUCUUGGUAAGGUUCCCUCAAGGAAAUUAAAAUUACAGCGGCAUAAUUACACAAACUGGUGUCUGAAAGAAAGAAAGCAGGGGGGUAAGACUUUGUUCCACUUGCUGACUUGCCAAAGAUUUCUCUCAUGUUGAGUGAUGGCUAAUUCAUUAACCUUUCUGAACCACAAGGGGCCAACAGUUAAGGACCUCUCUCUCUCUCUCCUCUCUCUCUCUCUCUCUGACUCUGCUCUCUCUCUCUCUCUCUCUCUCUGCUUCUUCGUAAUCCUAGCACCAUGCAUGUGUACAUAUAUCCCACAUGGGAAAAGUGUGGAGAUUAGAUUGGUGUGGAACCUGUGAAAUGUCAAUUGGUGCAAGAGAAAUUCAAUAAUGAUGGUUUUCGUUUCAUAGCAUGAGCUCUCUUGGGCUGAGCGAACAUAAGGAGUGUGUGUCAGCCUCUUAGCUUGUGUAUGUGUUCAUAUUCUGUUAUUGCUCUGGCACAGUAGAUUGUGUAGGAGUAGGUCAAUGUCUAGACAAGCUUCAGACUUCAGAAUCUGUAGAAUAGAUCAAGAUUAACUGCUGUGAGCAUGUACGUGCUUGUCCAGGAUACUGUACUGUACAUUUUUGUCAUUUAAAGGCAGACAUGAUUGCAGUAACAGUUUCCGAAUGUCAUUCAGGAAUAAUUUUGAUUCUUCUGAUUCUUGUAUUUUGGUUUUCUGAGAGGGAUGUGAACUUCUGCAGUUGCUUGGUCAACCUUCAGUCAGCUGGGGGUUUUCCUUAUUUGUCUAUCAGUCUAAAAAUGUGCUGGGCCUCUUUUUAAUUUAGUGUCCUUGGUUUGGCAUACUUCAGCGGAGUGAAACAUUAACUGUUGCCCGCUGAAGUAAAUCCUUUGCAUUUGAACUAUUUUUUCUCAAAGCUAGUGAAGCUAUGGUUAUGAUAAGUGGUCUGGGAGAGCAUCUGGUGCAGUUGAAGUAAGACUUAUUUGAUUCAAACUAAUACAGUGUGUGAUAUUGACUUCCAGAAACAGACAUAGGUAAUAAAUCAACAUUUUUACAAAAGAAAAAUGGUUUGCACUAGUGUAAUGUUUAUUUUAUGCAAAAUAUUGCGAAUUGCUUUGCUGUAAAUGAAACCUUUCCUCUCUCUCUCUCUCUCUCUCUCUCUCUCUCUCUCUCUCUCUCUCUCUCUCUCUCUCUCUCUCUCUCUCUCUCUCUCUCUCUCUCUCUCUCUCUCUCUCUCUCUCUCUCUCUCUCUCUCAAGUGUUGCUUAGAAAAUAAAGGCAGGUCUGUCCUCUUUUUGCAACUGCUUUGGUUUGGGGUGUGGUGUAAAGGCUAGGAGUUCUGUUUUGAAUGUUUAAAAGCCAACAGAGGCCACCAUUCAUGGUGGGCAGGCCUGGUCCAGAGUCUGGGCUCUGAGGAUAUAGGACAGAUAUCAAGCCUUUUAUGUGUUGUAUUUUUUAUCUGUAGGCUAAACUGAGAGACAGACUUUUGCAUCUUUAGACUUGAGACAUUGUUGCUGUUUAUAUAAGAAAUCUCUCAGUUUUAAACAACGUGAUGUUAAAUGUCUGUCAUUUGUAAUUUAACCACAAUCUGAGAAAAUAAACAUGAGCAUUUAACAUUUGAGGAGAUAUAGCUGUCUCACCUUUUGAGCUUCCCUGCAAAGCUGUUCAGACACAUUUGUUUAAUUAGAGACUAGCUUUUACACACAGCUGCCAUCUCAAAUGUUAUAAAUUAUUUUGCGUUACACCCACUUUUUAGCAAAGUUGUUUUCUGAGUUUAAGUUAUUUAAGAGCCUCAACUACUGCCUGCUUUCCUGAGGAACUGAACUGGGUAACUGUAUUUUCCUUGUUGACCUAAAGCCUCACAAAGAUGCUCUGUUACUUGGCCAGAUUAAAGCUGAAUCACAGGCACAGACACUCAAACUUUCACUGAUUUUCAUGCAUAGACUCAUUCAUUUCUGCCACAUAAUUAGGUAAUAUAUUGUCAUUUUUGUUUCAAACUUUAAAAGGUAGUUGUCACAAUUAUUACAUCUUUUGCCUCAUCUUGGUGCUUGGUCAAAAAAACACAUAUCUUCUGUUUUUAUCUUUAUCUUUGUUUGUCCUCUCUGGAAUUCCCCAUUCCCUCUUUGUCUUGUUGCUUCUCUCCGCAUCAGUCAUGAGCAAAUCUGUUUAUUAGGGCAUGUGCCUCUAGCUGCAGGCUAGAUGUGCGUGUUGUCAUGCAGACUCACAUGCUAUAAACUCACAUCUGAAUCUCCUGUUGAUAAUGUUAAAGCACCUCGCCAGCUAGCAUUAUUGCUAACAAUAACAUAGACAGUGAGCACAUUUUUUUAAAGGAUUAAGUUAUGAAAUAUUUAAUUUGGGGCCAUUUAGGGUUGAUUGAAUGGUUCAAUAAAUGUUGUCCUUUUUUAAUUCUGCUCCUAAAUUGAUUCCUGUGUAUAGUUGCUCUUUAAAAUACUAACCAUAACCAGACAUUGAAACUAAUGUUCCUAAUGCUCCUAAAUUUAACAAGUGCUAUGAACAGCCUUGAUUUAGCCUGAAGAAAAGCAAUAAAAUAUCCCAUCCAAGAAAAACUAAUUAUCAAUAUGAAGCCUAAACAUGUUUUCUGGUGUGACACUCUUGCAUCUGUUCAAAUUAGUCAUGCAUUGUCCUUAAUGUGAUCACACAGAAGGAGAAGCUUUUGACAAAAUGUCACCCCCUGUUAUUCAUUACCACCAAGCAUUCUGGUUACCCUCUAUCUGUGGAUGCUCACUCAUUUUCAGACAUACUUGUACACAGAGAUCCCCACUGUAUUUUAGCUCACAAGACUUCAUGUUAGGGGGUGUUUCCAUUUAUACACAGAACCACUGACCAAUCACAGCGUACAGUAUAAUGACAGCAUUUAGUGGAAAUUGAACAUUGGUCUACCAAAAUAACCCAGCGGGUCAUUUUGUUUGCAAGCGUUUCACCUACUUUGGCUGUUUCAGUGUGUGCCCACAAGUGCAUAAGAGUACAUUUGAAGGGGAAUUUCUGGUGGUUUUGAUGUGGACUAGGUUCCCAUAUGCUACAGGGAGCUAUUUUUAGGCCUUAUUAGUGUGGCUGUAUUAAGGGGAAGCUGGAUGCUUGCUUCUUGUUUUCUCAACACGGAACUAGAGCAUGUAAGUUGGCAAUAGGAGUUACUGGAUUGUAGGGGAAAAGGUACAAGUAACAUAAAGUUAAUCCGCUGAAAUCAGAUUUUGAACUGUUUUCUUUUUGUCAUUAAAGCUUUUUUUUUUUUUUUUACACAAUUACACUUCAGUGGAACUAGUCCAUUUCCAGACCACAAAAUCCAGGUUACUGAGUCAACACAUGCACUUUAAAGAAUCACUGGUGCUCUGCAAAUAAAAAAAAAAUCUAACUGGGCUACAUUAAAAACUGCACAUCAGAGUUGAAACAACAAGGGGACAAUUGGUGAUGUUGCUGGUAUUUUUUCAUUUUUUUUAUUGAUGUCUUAAAAGGGCCAUUUAUUUCAUGGACAAAAAGUAGAUCAAAAAGUUGAUUAUUUUCCAAUCAGUUUGUAAAGUGCCCUGGGGUUAUUGUUGCGCCUCGUUUGGGGUGUUGGGCUUUCUUGUCCCACCUGCCUCCACCUUUAGAGAUGAGCAGAGGGAUCAACCCAACCACUCGUCCCGCCUCGGGGCUCUGUUGUUAAAAGCACUCAAGCUGAUAGAUAACUCUGCAGGACAAAAGAACAAGCUUCUAAUGGCUCGUUUUCUCCACCUCCUCAUGUCAAGAGAUGAUCUGUCCAUCUGGCUGACAGCAGAUCACGACUGCUGUUCUUUUUAGUCGCGUUGUUGAGCCAAGAGCAACUGUUGAGUUUUCUUUGUCAAGGCAAAUCUAAUCAAGUAAGAGAGCCAUUGAAGAUUUUUUUUAAUUAAAUGCUUAAAUUACCAGAACAUAUUGAUUAUUUUUAGAGCAACCAGCACAGGACUUUUCUUCAUUUGCCUCAGUUUGCUCUUCUUUGAAGUAAAAAGUCUUUUGCGGAUUUAAGAGGCAUCUUUAACAACAAAGUAAAUUUAUGUAAGAUUAAUCUGUAUGAACCAUUCACCUCGCAAGGAGAAACAGAUUUAACAUUAUCGUCAUGCCAUUGUUUUUUAUCUUCCUCAAACAAAUGACCAGAGAGAUCCAACAAUGUCUGUCAGCACACCUUUUUUGAUGGUUUACAACCCUGUCUGGCUGGUUGUGGCCAGCUUGUAUCACCUCACAAAUCUUUUGUUUCCCUGACUAAGGUACCUGUUAGCACCUCAGAAAUAAGGAAAGAGAAAGGAAAGAAAAGCCUUAGGUCAUACAUUAAACAAGCGGCCGUAGCAACGCUGCUUCGCUCCUCGAACUGCACUGCGCAAACCCCUUUUGUGCUCUUGUGCAUCUAUUAUAGCAUCGAACAACAGGGGAAGCUCUCUCUGCAUUGAUUCAGUUCAUGGGGAUGCAUUAAAAAGCGGUGCUAAGUGGUUUCGGUGAGUGUUUGUGUGAGAUGUGAAAGGAAGAGGAAGCAUGCUCCUUCCUAUUGUUGGUGGUAAUAACCUUUUCAAGUUCAUAAUCUCUGCAGUUUUUCAGCAGGAGAGAAGUCCGCAGUGCCAUACCCAGGAGAGGGCUUAUGUGUGUGUUUGUGUGUGUGUGAGAGAGAGAGAGAGCGAGAGAGCAUGUUCGUUUGUACAUGUACUGUACUAUGUGUGUCAGACUUGCUUGUAUGGGGAAAAUGAACCCAUCUCCUCGUUUCUAUGGUAACACUCCAUGUCUGCAGAGUGGGUGUGAAUCAGGCUUUCAGGGUUCAGGCAGGAUUUAUACACACACACACACACACACACACACACCAUCAUAGACACAUACAUACUCACACAUCCACACACACACACACACACACACACACACACACACACACACACACAUCGUGGUAGUACAAUUAGCCCCCUGUUUAAGCUGUGAUGGUAGCGGAACUUGAGCUUAGGUGGAGAGACAGGGAGGAGUUGUGAAGUGAUGUGGGUCUGUAUGUGGGUGUGUGUGUAUGUUGGUGAGGCCUUGUUUAACAGGCAGGGCUCCUGUGAGACAGAAACACAGCAGCCUUAUCGCCUGUCCUCUGGCACUAAUAUCAUCAACUUUCACAGAUAUAAUUUUACCCCAGCAUCACCCCUUGCCAGGUAUUGCAUUGGCCCCUCUUGCUUCUGUGUGAGAUUACUUCACCCAGCUAUUGACAGAUUAACAAAGUAUUAUCUCUAUUGUCAGCAGACGUCCAUUCAGUCUGUAUUUAGCACAAGACAAUGGGGAAGGAUUCUGAGGCUACAGUCAUUUCUGUUGUGUAUGUCUGCAUCAAAAUUAGCCGCAUUGUCUGUUUUUUUUUUUAGGUUUGAAUUCUCAACAGAUUUCUUAAAUGAUCUAAAGUUCAAAUUAUUUCUCUGCUGCUUACAUAUCCAUAGACAUAUGCUCAGUUCUAAAAUUCAGACAUGAUGUAUUUAAUGAGUGGAUUCCACUGCGUUAGACAGGCUCAACUUCCACAGAUCCCGAAUUCUAUCAUUCUGUCUAAAUGUCUCUUUGGGAUGUAAGAUGAGCUGGAGUUGGGGAUCGUGAAUCCUGCCGGAAUCAAUAGCACAGCGAGAUUGUGUUGGUACAGGAGGUUGGGGGAGGUAAGGAAAGCUGUUGCAAAGAGGAAGAGAGGAGGAGGAGGAGGAGGCAGAUCAACACUGUGUCUGGAGUGUUAAAUGACAGAAACCUACAGUAUAUCUCUCUACCAACAUCCUCUCGAUUUGUAGUUUCAGGUUAUCCACUUGUCACCGUCAGUGUCCUUCAUCAUUCACUUGCUCAUUGUGAAAAUGUUGUCUCUUGAAAAUUAAAAUGAGGAACUAUUUGUCAUUUUCUGUGUGUGAAUUGGAUGUGAUGAACUAGAACCAUAUUAUGGAGUGACACAGUGUUUAAGCCAAGGACGUUUUUGCUGUCAAAGCUACAGUGAGGGAGGGAAAGCUUCCCAAAUUGAAAGCUUUGUGAGCGUGUGUGCACGUGCAUGCCUCACAGUGUUUGUAUCCAAUUGCCAUGACAUGAUUGCCGUGGUGGCUGGUCCCCCUCCUGCAGUGUCCAUCAUGUUUUAUGUAUGUUAAGCCUUAGCCAGUUAAUCCAAGAGGCGUAUUGGUCUGCUGUAGUUUUGCUGUAUAAGCCUGCUACUAAUCCUCAAAGUAUAUUGCCACAUCUUUCAUAACUAAUGUCGCUAUAAGAUUUGAGAAACUAAGGUGCUGCAUUUUUAUGUGAGACAGAAACAAAGUCACUUUGAUUUAAAAGCCAUAGCAUACAGCUUCCAAUUUGGAAAUGGUCACAAUGCUAACUCCUUUAUGAUUUACCUUAAUCUCCAGACCCUGAGGCAGUUAAAAUCUGAAAAAUUGUAAUUGGUGAUUAAACUUCCCUCGCCAUAUGGUAUGAAAUAUAUACAGUGCACUACACCGAUUUCUGCCUUGCAGAGGAAGAGAUCAAACAGUUAGACUUCUAUGCACUGCAGGGCAGGCACUGUGGUUUAGCUCAGCAGAAAUCGAUCGAGCAUCUGGUCUGCAUAAGUUCAGUAGCACAACAACAUGUUUUUUUUUUUUUUAAAUCUUUUAUAAUACCAGAUUUAAGGGUUCAGAUGAGAAAAGGCCUUAGAAACCAGUGUUCUGUUGACAAUCUUCAAACAGACCCAGAUCUAAUCAGAGGACAACAGACUCACCAGUAGUUCAAUUGACCCUAAUGGGAAAUAGGAAGGAGAGGAGGGAAAAGUGAUGCUGAUUAGGUGAAGUGUUGUACUAAACUCACAACUUCAUUUUGCACUAGAGAGGAAAAAGGUUUUAGGAGCACACAGUCAGUUCAGCAAUUUUGAUAUGGUGCAAACAUAAACUCUCUUGAACUCAGAAGAUGGAAAACCACUUGAAAUAAAUGAUUUAGUGGUGGACCCUGAAUUCCAAACUUACAAAAUUUGUUAGUGUAAAACCCCUGGAACCAAGCCUUCACUGUUAAUGUGCUCUGCACUUAGUUUUUGGGAAAAGGUAAAUAUUGGAUGUUGAACGCUUUGAUAAUGGAUUGCGGUGUUAUUGAAGUAUUUCUGGUGGUAAAUAGAGAGUCAGAAUGACAGAAAGGAUAGCACAGCCUGUAUGUUGCCACUGAAAGGGACAGGUGUGAGUGGGAAUAAAAUAGUUUUUAAAGGGAAUAACAGGUUGUUGUGCGGAAGUUGAACUGUGUAUGUAAUCUGUUGCUAUUAAGCUAAAUAUCCAGUGUUGGAUAUGUGCUCGGAGAUGACUUAUUUUCUUUACAGCUAAAAGCACAUGUAGUAAGUUCAGUCAAAGCAGCACUUUUCAGCUUGAGUUUUGUAACUAAACUCUAUUAUGUUUUUUAAAAAAAGUCUCUGUGCUUCACAAGUAGUCAGAAUGGCACAUAGAAAAGAACAGUGACAUGAAAAAUUAACAUAUCAGCCCUUUCAUAGUUGAUUCCAUUGAGCUAAAACGUUUUUUCUAUUUUUAAAGAGAAAACUUAGUAUUUGAUCCAAAACUCUGAAGUCGUCUUUGAUACUGAUUUGAGUUGCUUUGUCCAUUAAAACCCCCAUAAGGGUUUUUUAAUAUCAGUAAAUUGACUGAAAUUUCAUGAUAUCCUAAAGCAAAAAAGACCUGGUCAAAAGUCUGGGGAUAAUUUUUUUAUUUUGCUGCUUGUAGAUAAGUCUGACACAUAAAGAAUACCGCCAUAAGUAUCAUUGCACUGCUGCUGUGACAUUAGUUGCAGUGGUUAAACCCUUUUCCCUUUCCAUGCAGCAGUUUAUACAUCUAUAAUGGGAUGUUAAGGUAAAAUGAAAAUAUUUAGAAGCAACCAAAUGUAUAGGGCAUUGAAGCAUCAAGCUUAAGUAGCUUGAUUCAUUUUUACAAUAGUUGGAAACAUUAGAAAUGCAGUUUUCUAGUUCUGUCAUUUACUUAUUUUCUUCCACUUAUCUUGGAGUGUGUGGUGACAGUAGGCGAAGAAGUUGACCCAGGCGUGUCUCCCCCAACAUAUUUUAACAGAAUAAGACCCAAUGAUGUCAGAUCGCCUGCCCCACACACCCCCGCCCCCACCUCCAGUACCUCAAACAUGAGGUCAUCCAAUAUGUAUAGGACAGAUUGUUAUAGAAGGAGGAGUUGGGGACUUCUUCAAAACCGUUCACUUGAAUAAGCCUCUUUGUCAUGACAUCAGCAGUUUUCUGCAUAAACCAGUCAGCUGUGAGAUGAAGUCAGGCUUCUUCUUUCUACCAUCAGGUACACAUGAAAUAUUCAAGGCUGCUGACUGUCAUAAAGGUUUUUGAUUUAAUCAGAAUUCUGUCUGGAAUUAGUUGAUACCUUUCCAAAGAUUUGCAAAAAUAUUUUUAGUCAUGACAUGAAAGUAUGAUGUAUAAUGCAUGAUCAAAUGGCUGUUUUGGUUGCUUCAAACACAAUCCUUACAAACGCCAAUCCUUACAGGCUAUGUAGACACAUGUCAUGAAUGAGUCUGUAUGGGGGUUGUAAAUUACUGCUCGUGAUUUCAAGUUUCAUGAUUGACGCAUGAAAGGAAGGGCUGAGGCAAAAUCCACACCAGCAAUUGAACCUACAUAAAUAAUACCACUGUCACUCACACCAUUUCUUGCACACUCACACAGUCACACAAACAGUCACAAAAACAUUAGAAAUUCUCAAAACAUGAGAGCAAAACUCUUGUUCAGUGCGUAUGAUUGUAACUAGCAAUUUUGCUGUCUCCCAGGCUGUAUUAGUUUUCUGUGUCCAAACAAUGUCUGUUAUUUGACAGUGCUCCUGCUUGAUACCACUGUCAGAUUGCAGAUAUACUGCAAAAGCUAUGAGAACAGUAAACAUUUUACGAUUUUAACUAUAGAUGGAAGCUGUCAAGAACUGUGAUGUGCACUAAAACCAUCUUCUCCUUGAUCUUUAAUUUUCAUAGAUAACACUUGUUUGGACAAUUACAGUGUCAAUAGCAAUUAAUCAGUUAACAGUUAACACCCAACUUUUCCUAAAGUGUCUAAAUCUUCCAUUUGCUUUAACAAGAGACAUUUUUAGAGAGAAGCUUCAACACACAAGAAACUAAUUUUAACUGUUACCUUGUGUAACUCUGGACUGGCACUUUUUCCUCCAUAUUUUCUUUUAACUUAAUCAAUGUUUUGUGUUUCUUUUUGCAACAGGAGACUCUCCAGCAGCUGGUGAUGAUGUCUUUACCAAAUGUGUUGGUACUGGGCAGGAACCCACUGUCUGGUAAGUGUCAAAGUACUCAGCAAUUGCACAGACAUAUGUAUUACCAAAGCUCAACAAAAGAGUGAGACAUUCUGAUUUUGUGUUUGUCGACAUUUCAAAUUGAAAGCACAAUGUUAAAUUAGAGCACUUUAUUGAUCCCCAAAGGAAAAUUCAACAAUGACAGGAUGGCAGGAAGUUGAGGACAAAUUUAUAAUUUUAAGUGCUGUUAAAUGUUUUGGGUUAUUUUUAUACUGACAAGGGAAAAACACUGAUCACUGUUUUUUUUUUUCUAUACCACAUUUAAGACAAGAUGGAUGAGUUCUGUGUUUCUUGUUUGACAGAAACUUCUUUAGGUGAUGGGUAGGAAACUGAAUUAGUCUCAUACCUUGAAAGAGCUAUAUACACUUUUAAAAAUGUAAAGUAUGCUAUAAACCUCUUGGACCACAUUCUCAUUCAAUACAACUUGUUUGUGGUCACUUAGAUAUUUAAACUUGUUUCUUAUUGGCCACUUUUGACAAGAUUUCAUACAGGAAUGGAAAAAAAUAACACUGGCCUUAGAGCAGUCCUUGCAAUCAGUUCAAGAGGGACAGGAGAGAUUGAAGAGUGCUGGACUAUUCUCAGUGCAUUUCCAUAUGGCUGAAAACCCCAGUAAUUUGCAGUGUGACAAAUGUUGGGAAAGGCUUCAACACACUGCAUUAUUUUGAGAUGCUAUGUCCUUAACAAGACGUGUAAAGAUAUACCAAAACAUAACAAUUUGCCAUCGUGGCUACAAGAAGAUAAAAGACAAAAGAUACAAGAUUGCAUGCACAGCUUGUGUACUUGUAUCACCUCUUUGAGCACGAGAACCUUGACCUGCUUAACCCCGCCAGGUUAUUUGAUAUGUCUGAGCAGCACCCUCUGAGAAACGGCGGCUCAGUGUCAAGUGUUUGCAUUUUUUUAAAAAAGAGAAAAGUUUUGAAGUAGCUUGACCUCUGCAACCCUAAGGACCACUUGAUAUCCUGUGUGAUCUCAGUGAAGCCACUGAGGAGAGGAAUAACUAGUAGCAGGUUCUUGUUAAAAAUUAAACUACCUGAGGAAAUGAAAGCUUUGUUUGGAUAGAGGGAAAGCAGUGGGAUAAGAGGUUUAUUUACCACUGAUGUUCCUUUGGAUAUAUUGCCCCCCAUUGCAAACCCAAACUCCAACAAGUUGUUGGUUGUUUAACUGUAAGAGUGAGUAUCUCUCCCUGAAAUUUUACAGCAUUUGUUGACAUUUCUGCACAAGUUAUCAUCAGCUCUUGAAAGAGAAAGGUUGCUCGGCUUAGCUGGCAGAACUUGUUGAAAGAUUUCUUUCUUUUUCAAGCAGGUGAAAUAGCUUCGUAAUCCCUCCUCUUCCCCAGCUGCUCUUGAAAACAAUUUCAAAACAACCAUCGCUGUGACUUAUGGGUUUUCAGCACUUUUCAAUAGUCCUUCAAUGAUACCUAUUUGUCUUUUUUUAACACCCACACAAAGCUCAAACAAUUGAACGAUGAGAGGCUGCAGUAAGCACACAGAUAAAGCACAUAUACCUUUAUGUAUAGUUGCCAUAGUUAAUUAAUCUUUUCACUGGAGAAACUGAUGCUGCCCUUCUAAAGUAAAGAUAAAUCUUAGUUUAAUUAUUAUUUGACAUCAACCACCAUCAUCAAUUGUGCUGUUUCUUUUCUGUUAUGUCUUUUUUGUUAGGUUUUCUACAUAUUUAUUCACCUAAUCAUGAUAACAGCCAUCUUCUUACUUAACUAUUUGUCAACAGUUUUGGCAUGUUAUUAAUUACUUUGACUGCGGUUUAGAUCUAUACCCAUUAGGGAUGGGCUUUGUCAGGAUUUUAUUGACAUUUUUGGUACCAAGAUUGACUGCUCACCUUUAACAGUUUAUCUGAUUCAGCAAAAGGCGAAUACUUGUUAAAGAUUUUAUCAGCGACCAGCAAAAAAACUGUGACAUGACAAUGGUUGCAGCCCAGUCCUCCAACAAAGACUGAUAGAUGAUGUUGCAUCUGAUAUUGAAAAUAUGGAAAGAAAAACUUUAAAAUUACUGACUGUAAUUUCAUUGUUAUAACACAAGGCUAUAUUUCUGGCCAUUUGUUUUUGUUGUUAUCGUGCUGUGUUGUCUACUUAUACCUGUCUACAAAAAAUAAGAGUUUAGACAGAUGUUGCUAAAGCAGUUAAUAGUACUAUGUCAGCUGAACACAAUGCCGACAUGAAGGCAGCUUCAAGCUCGUAGCCCAGAGCAGGCAGAAAGCAUUAGACUGCAUUCCCAAAGGUUUCUUACGCCCUUUACCCUCUGGUCAGAUAAUCAUUAAGUAAGUCAGACUAGCGGUGGCUGUGGAGUCUGGCUUUCUGGCUCAGUCGUCGCCAGCUGAAAGUCAUUGGCCAUGUGGCUUUUAUUAUGCUCCCAUUCGGGGGGCAGGGGAUGACUCUGUGUGUGUGUAUGUGAAUGCAUGUACGCCCGUGUGUGUGUUUAGUGACAGAAUGGGGGAGGGGUUCCUCCUAAACAACUAACAGUGGGAUCCACUGUAGUACCCCCCAGGCUCAGUUCUACCUUAGUCUGCUCAGUGUAUAUAUGGCGUCAUUGUGAGAUACACAUUCACACACUUUGUUGUUUAGUCCGUCCUGAAACCUGUGGUAGUUCUGCAGGGAUCCUGCCAGAUUGUCUGUAAACAAUAGACCUGUGUGACUGAUACUUGUAACUUCCAGGUAAAUUUCAUGUUGUUGGCUGCUUCACUAAUAAUUCCUGAAACAAUCUCUUUUGAUCUUUGACAGAAUUUGGAUAUUCUUUGAAAAAUAAAUAUUUCAAGAAUCAAUCAAAACUCUAGUAUGACAACAGUACAAAUAUGGUUGUAGAUUGAGGCACCCCACAAUAAAUAAAAAACUUUGUGACAGGAGCAACAACAGCCAGCCAACAACUGUUGACAGCUGACAGAAAGCAUAAACUGGGGCCUGACAGUUGUGUCUUUGUGUGCACGUUUGAAGCAGGAGACUGGGAAAAGUCAAGCCAGCGAUUUUGGCCAAACAAGACAAUGCUCUGUGUGUGUAGAUGGAAGUUUGGUGUGUUUAUGUUGCCCAUUUUUUCAUGAUGUUUUGGUGCAUUUUGUCUUUAUAGUGCAAAAACAAAUUGAAUUUUUUUGUGUGCUCAAGAUGCCCGUAAAAAGUUGAAAGAUGAGUAGAUGUAAACAACUGUUGGACAAAUGUUAUUUUUCUUUCAAUCAUUGGAAGUUUAACUUGCUUGUCAAGAUCUCUGUUUCCUGCUGCCGAUAUUUGAUGGCACAUGACACGCUAUCCUGACCUAUAUGGUUAAGUACCUUAAAAUAGUGUGAGAAUGAGGAUGAGUUGAACAUGCUUUGGUAUGCAAUUGAAGCAAUAUCAGAUUGCUUGUUACAACUUACCAACUUACAUGAGAAUCAUCGAGUCCUAAUCGUAAUAACUUUAUCAUUCAUGGCAAAAGGGAUUGAGGAGUGUGAGAAAUGAUUGCGCAGCAUCAUAACACACAUUUUCUCCUGUUUCUGUUUCUUUCUUUUCACAUAUUCUCACUUAGAUGUACAAUGGCAUAGCAGGAAAGAAGGGUUAGUCACUGUCUGUGUGACCUCUUGUUUCCUGCAGAGAGGAGGGUAUGGAGGUGGAAAAGGAAGCAAAGAUGAAUUCAAGCAAACACUCAUGAGGUACUCAUGAUUUGUAAUGUUGAGGGAAGGAAGGAAGGAUGGGUGGAUGUGUGUUGCAGGGAAUAAGGGGAUGGAUGAGGGAAAUGUGUGUGGAAAGGCGAGGAUAAAGAGAAAAAAAAGGCUCUGGGAGAGACAAGUAGCGCCUCCUUGAAGCCUCUGUGGUGGUGGUGCUGCUGCUGCUGCUGCUGGAGGGAGAUUUAGCUUUUCUAUUUUCAACCUUGCCUCUUCACCAUCCUUCUGAUCCCCCUCUUUCUCUCGGUUUCUCCUUAUCUUUCUAUCUCUUCCUAAUGUUUGGUUUGCUUUUGCUCUGUGAUGCUUCCCCUCCUUUGUCUCCUUUUAUAUUCCCUUCUUACUGUUUUUCCCUCUUCUUCUCUGGCCGUAUUAAUUAUUUAUGGAGCCCCUUAUCUGACAUACGUUGCAACUGUAGAUUUGCUGAGCUAAAUCCUUUUCCUGACUGGAACAGGUUCUUAUGGCUUUAAUAGAGUUCCACUAAGCUCUGCAGCUGUGAGAAUUAAGUUUUAUCUGCCUUCAUCCAUUUAAGUUAUAAUUUGCUCUUAUUCGCUGUCUUUGCAGAAUUUUUUAACGCAGUACCAUAUGCAGUUUUUACGCAAGACUGACUGAGCACCGAACAAUUAAAACCCGUGGAGAGAAACCGUUAUGACAGAUUGACCUCUGGCCUUGGCUGGCAAAAUAUUUUAUAAAUGGACUGACUUUGUAUGAGAAAUGUGUUAUAUGGUUGAUUUGAAUGAGUCAAAGUCAGGCUUUCUUUCGAACUGAAAAGUGAAGUGAUUUUUUGUUUUGUUUCUUCCUGGUCCAAGAAUUUCUCUGAUCACUGUCUAAAGUUUGAAAGAUUGUUGGAUUGUCCGCUCCAUCAAUUUUCAGACAAAAUUCCAGCAUAAGAAAAGAAAGCAAAUUCUACUUAAACAACAUCUGUUGAAGAGGAGUAACUUGUAAACAUAAUUCUGUACUCGUACUUGAUUCCUGGCCUCAGUGCAGCUCUUCUCUGGACUUUUUAAUGUAGAUGACUCAUGUUUUCUUCCCUGUCCUAUAGUCGAAGGGUCCUAUCCAUCACGUAAAGAAGUUUCUGUCAAACAAGAAACACUGAACUCAUCAAUCUUGUCUUAGAUGUGGUGUAGAAAAAAAAAUCAGUGAUCAGUGGUUUUCCUUUGCCAGUAUAAAAAAACCCAAAACAUUAAUAGCACUUAAAAACUACAGUGAAAUCAGCUGCAAUGGGGACCAGCUUCUGCAAAGUUUCAGUUUUAUAUUAAUGUUGAAAAUGACUUGCUGUGGUCACUAACAAUCAGUUUAAAGUAUUCAGUCUUUAGAAAACAGCAACUCAGAAAACUUCAGUUUGUCCUUUUAAAAUAGAUCCACAUUUAUUGCCUUCUGUAUCCCCUAUGUAAGAGAUGCUCCACAAUGACCAUACCGAUGUCUCUGUGGUCAUUAACAUAUUGAUGGAUAUUAUGGAUUGAAGAGACAUGAGAGAAGGCACUUGGAGGCAGACUCAUUAGAUUUUGUCAAGGAUUUUGUAAACUUGAUGGAUGGAUGGGACUCUGUUCUUGGACACACUGGGCUUACCAAAGAAACUGCUUUGUCAUGUGUUUCUCGCUCUGUGAGUCAUUGUUUUACCCAGACGGUUAAUCUCCUUACUUUGAGGAGGUGAUACCUUCUUUGAUAGUUUUAUUAUUAUAGAUAGUUUUGUUUGGAUAUUUUGAUAGUCUUGUUCAUUUGAUUCAUUCUCUUUUUGAUUAAAUUUGUGAAGAAAGCUCAAGAAAGGCUGAAAUCAUAGAUGAGAAUUGUCACUCUAAAUGUCUGUAAUUUAGCUUCUCUGCUGAGUUUGCAAUUGGCCAUUGAAAUAGAGAGGCAAACAUACCCCCCCCUACACAGAAAACAUGCUGUUGCUAAUCUGGAUUUAUUAAUAUUAGAGCCGGACAGCAUUUGUACUCACUACCCCCUGGGCCACACAAUGAGCUGGCUUAUCACACACCCACACACCCUGCUCAAACAGGGGAAACACACUGUACCAGAAUAUACAUAGACACAGAUGAUCACAACGAGCAUAUACUAUAGCUCUUAGUCACUGUAACACACUCAUACACCACCUGUUUUACUCCCGUGCAGCCCCAAAUCUGACAGAUGAGCUCAGGCCUGUUGAGCAUGCUAGCAGCUGUUUGUCAGUUUCAGCAGUGUCUGAUAAUAUGUCCUGACAUGUGGAAAAGAACUGGAAGCGCCUCCUGCCAGCUCAUGGCACUGUGGAAAACAUUGUGGCAAUGUAACAAGAGCAGGGGGUUUUAUAAGUGGAAAAUUUCAACAACCGAAGAGUCAAGUUAGCUGGUAAUUGACGUGUUUGUGGGACUGAUAGGAGAUCUUUUCUGUCUCAAACUGAGGAAAAUAUACUGUCCCAGCCAUGACCCUCGUAUUCUACAUUAUUUUUUUCAGAGGAAAAGCCUAGUAGUGUUAUACCGGGGUAAUGGUGUAAUUAUUUGCAACAACCCUUCAUCAGUCUCCAGAUCUCGCACUUUGCUGUGAAGUGCUUUAGGCAAAGUUUUCCAAGACUUUCUACAAGUGAGUUCAACAUCAACAGAAAUAAGUCAUCAGCUUCUCUGGGUUGUGUUUUUCUUUUACUACAAAUCAUGAACAAAAAGAUAAAGCAAACACCGCUGGUUAUAAAUUGAAUCCUCUGUGGGUGGAAAGUCUUUUUUUUUUUUUUUACUGUAGGUAUAUUUUUUUUAUAUGUUAGGCUGUAGUUCUCAUUCGUUUUAUCUUUGUGUUUCCCUCUUCAGAACAAGGUCUGGAGGAGAUGAAAAAACUGUUGUUGCUUCUACUAGGCUGUGCGGUUCAGGUAAGGGCACACUUUUGUUCACUCAAACAUUCAAGCACUCCACAUGUUUCAGUUUUCAAGCAGCAGUCAUUCAACAGCACUCAAGAUGAAGACAUUUUCCUCUGUGCAUCAUGAUUCAAAUUGUUUGUGUGAUUGCAACUUUGUGCUCCUUCUGAUAACUAAACAUAUUUCAGAAAUGUUUGUUUCUCUUAAUGCUGUACAUACUGUAGUAAUUCGGCUAAAAGUAAAAUCAUUAUGUGUAGAUACCCUCUUAGUACAGUCUCUUGAUUACAGCUAUUUGGUCCUUUUUGUAAAAUUAAUAAUCUGAGACUCUGAUUGUAGAGCAGUGCUGUGUAAUGAAGGGUGUAGCAGACCUUUCCUGUCUCAUGACAAAGCUCCAUUCAGCUCUCUCUCACUGUGCUUCAGACUGGAGCUUUGAUCUUUCCCAUGCUCUAUUGUUUUACCCAAAAAUUAUAGUUGCAUACCUCCAACUUGACAAUUAAUCCACUUUAUACUGGCAUUCAAGUACAGCAGCAGUUUGUGUUCAGUAAGAAGUAGCACACAGAAAACUUAAAUCUCCAGUGUACUCUCUAAUCUCAUCUCCAGCCAGCAAGAGAGUAAAAUGAUCUUUGUUUGAUCCAGGAGAUAACAUUGCGUUUGAAGGCUAGAGCACUUUCUAAACACAGCAGCUGCUUCUUGGAAACCUGUAUAUCUGAACUGCCUCUGCCUUGUGUCUGGAGGUUGGCCUACUAACCUCCAGUUGACCUGCACCUAAGUUUUAAACAUGUCAGAAAUGUACUACACUCUCUUUUCCUCUCUUCCUUCCCCUUCCCACCUCUGUUUACAGUGCGAGAAGAAGGAAGAUUACAUUGAGCGUAUCCAGACUCUGGACUUUGACACCAAAGCUGCCAUUGCAUCUCACAUUCAAGAGGUAUUUUGUUAUCACAUUGGGAACAAAAUUAGAGAGUGAAUUCAGAAAUUUAAGAAACCAAAACCUCCACAGUAUUAGUCAAUAUUGCAUCGGUAGGAGUUGAUUAAGGUCAUUUGGAUAGCAGUCUUUAUUUUAAUUAAGGGGCAGAAAUUCUUUAAGUUGAUGGUACGAUAUAAAAUAUUUUAGGUGACUCACAAUCAGGAGAACGUGGUGGACUUGCAGUGGUUGGAAAGUGGGGAAAUGCCUCCUGAGGACACAGACAGCCUCUCCAGGAACCUGGCUUUCCAUCUCAAACGCCUGGUGGAUGAGAGGGACACACAGUUGGAGGUAAUGACAGCUAUAGCUAAAGUUUUUAUUUUUUUCAGAGUCAUUGAGCUUUGCUAAAACCUUGGAAAAACAAAGUCAGAAGAACAAAAAACAAAACAGGAGCGCUUGUAGUGUAAUAGCAGAACAUGGCACCAUAGCACUUGGAAAAUGGUGUUCUUUAUUGCCUAAGAGUUGUGUUGUGUAGUUAUGUUGUUGUGUUUUUAAUGUUUGUGCAUGCUUUUUUUAGAAUUUCAAAAAUUUAGGCAUGAAACGAUAGAUCUUGUAGAUCUGCCAAAUGUGGACACUUUUCUCUUUUUUUGUGCUAUCACCACAAGAGAGCAGCCGCAGGAAGGAAGGGUUGAAACCAUUAACUGUCUCAUGGAUUGUGUCUAUGUGUUCGUGUCUGUGCGUGUGAGUGUGUGUGUGCCCAUGUGCGAAUUAGUUUCCAGCCCGUAGGAUGCAGAUGCCCACAACUGAUGUCGCUGAUUUGAGUGUGUGUGUGUGAGACUGCGUAUGUGUGUCAUGUGUGUUUCAGGGGUUUUAAUAGCCUCCAGAUUAUCACUGUGUUUUCCAGCCGCUCUCAAUUAAAACCCCAUUUCCUGUCAGAGACCCCCAGUUUAAAACGGGUUGUGUGUGGAACCCUUUCUGUAUAUUUGCCCAGUUGUAUGUUUUGUAGUUUGGGUGGUAGGGUGCUUUGGAUGAAAACAUGAAUCUAGUGUUGUCUUUGCUUCCAGCUAAUGUACUCUGUCAAAUUCUGGUUCGAUCUGCCAAGUUUAGGAAAGAAAUGGAAACAAAGAAAUAUGCUGGUUUAGAUGUGUACUUCUUGUGAUCUUGUUUUUCCCGAGGUUACUUUGAUGAACCAAACAUGUGGUUGCACUGUUUGAAUUCCUUUUAAUAGUCCCCUGAACUCAUAUACAUUUCAUGCUCUCUUUUUUUCCUCUUUCCCUUUCAGGCUAUAGUGGAGUUAACUCAGGAAAGAGACUGUGUACAGCUGUCUCCGCUGGCUCCCUGUCCAACCCAGUCUCCUGGGGACUCCCCCAGUAUGAGGAGGACUGAAAGCCGACAGCAUCUCUCUGUGGAACUGGCUGAUGCCAAAGCCAAGAUCAGACGCCUUCGACAGGAGCUGUGAGUGCCAUGGCUUUAUUAGUUGAAUGGGUAGUUUGAGCUCUGAAAAAAAACGGAACAAAACCCUUUGCUUGAGAAGGUGAUUUUCUUUGACGAGUUGGUAAAUAUAAACUAUUGUUUGCCACUUAAGCAUCUUUUACUGCAAUGGUUUUCAACCCACACUUUUUUUUCCCUGAUCUUAUUGGCGUGUUUAUGCCAAGGACAUUUAAAGUGGUACUUUUUGACGGCAUACUUAGUUGAAUGAAGAUAAUUUAGGAUCAACAGAAAUCAAGGGAGACAUGGAGAGUUGGUUUAACGAUUCAAGGCAUCCAAUUGGUUUGUAAAUCAUUUAUGUCUGAAUCAACCUCAAUGCCAUAAGGGUGCUCUGUUUUGGUGUAGUUUGUGUAGGGGGUCAUUUUGCAGCUGGAGACUUGACUUAAUAAAUUUUUACAAAACAAUAUUGAAGAAUUCACGAAGGUAUUAACAUUUUUUGAACACAGAAAAGCUGUAAUUCAGAGGUUGUUAAUUCAGCGGGUUUUAAUGACUGUACUAAACUUGCUUAUAACUUAAUACUUAGAGCAGAAGUGAGAAUUUGAGUAGAAUGGUAGGCCAUUCAGCCUUUACCUCAAAUCUUUUACCACUCAAGUUACAUAAGACUACUGUGGUGCCACACUGAACUACAUGAACAAAUGCUAACACGAGACCCCUUCACAAACCCAUGUGAGACCCUUUAAAUCUGCUGCGAAUAAUAGAGGCACCUUUUUUAAAGUGCUGUAAUCCCAGACAACGACUCUGUGGUCAACAACAACUUAAAUGUUGCACAGUAGUAAUAUCUAAUGUUAUAGAUAGUCUGGCACCAUGAAUAGUCACCCUGGGCUUGGUCACAUUAAACAGCAAAAAGCAUUUGAGGAAGUCUGAAUUCAGUGUGGUUUUGUUGCUGAAGAGAUCUCACAUUCAUCACUGUAGACAUCUCUCCUAUAUUGUCUGACCUACAUUACAGCUGUUUUUUUUUUGUUACUAUGGUUUUGUUUACUUGAUGAUACUGUAUAUGGCCAUCACAUGACUAUGCUGUUUCAACACAGACAAGGAACAAAAAGGCUGUAAUUCUGGCCAUGCAGAAGUAUUCUGGUCACAUGGUUAAAGUUAUUUCUCUGAGGCAGAAAAGGAGGGUGUUUGUUGUGUCUGGAUGCAUGUACACGCAGAGAUAUUGUCUGCACUUAAGAGGUGUUACGUUUUGCGUGUUUGUGUGUCCGAAGGAGACCAGGUCAGAGCCAGAGGGUAUGAUUCAGUAUCCCCACAGUGGUGCUUGUGAAUGUAAACUACCAUACUUUGAGUGUUUCUUCUACUUUCAUACAAGUUGAGACUGACAUUAAUUUUAAACUUCUUUGCUUUGUUGCUCAGUAAGUAUCUUAUUCCUAGGAAAAUAAAAAAAAAUCUGUCCUUUUAUUUGUCUGCCUUUCACCAACAUUUAUACAUAUAGUAGUAGAAGUAGUUUAUUUGUCCCAUAGGGAAACUAAAUUGCAGCAGAUCACACAUUUGGCAUUUCAUCUAGAACAGUACAGAUAAAAAAUAAAACAGCAUGUAGACAACUUUCACACAUAAUUAACAGUUAAAAAUAAUAAUAAUAAAAAUAUUUUUUAUUCAGUCAAAAUACCUUGUGCACUUACUAUUAAUUAGGUACACCUAGUUAAAACUAAUACAGUCAAAUAAGCCUUAGUUUUGUUUGAACUGUUUUAGAUCUGUCAUCUGGGCUUUCAUGCUGUUUUGGUUCAGUACACUUUAAGUGCACAUCAAGCUACAUGACCACUGUAUGAUAACCACCACUGUAAGGCUAUUAUAAUAGACUACAUAUUUUUUGUAUGAUGUACCUUUAAUUGGUGUAAAGAUCACCACUUUUUUUCUUGGAAGCAUAAGUAACAUCGAAUUUGACUCGGCUUAUUGUCUCAUUUUGUACUCUGUUAUAGGUGGCUUUGGUUCUUGUGGUGUAUACUGACAAAGUAAAACUUCUUAAUCUCAAAAAUUGGAGGAACUGGUCUUUAAAGAUGUUGCCUUUUUUACUGGAUCUGUUUGAAUGAAAGACAAGUUCUGUUGUUACACAAAAUGACCAAAGUUGUAAAGCCUUUUUCUGCCCAUCCUUUAUAGAUAGUAUCUCUAAGUAUUGAGAGCCCCUAAUGGCUAGAAAUCAACAGCCUGCUCAAGGACACAGUUUCAGUCCCUGCUCCUUUAAAAGCUAUGAUAAGUUAGAAACACAAAUAGAACAUUAUAGUUGAUUUCUGUUGUGUGAGUGUUUUUGUGUCUCAGUAGAGAGCUGAACAAAACUAGAAAAACUUUGUUGUACUUUCUUGACUUUUCAAAUAUAGCAACCAUUUGAGUCUGAGCUUGCCCAGAUGCACUGCAUGCUAAACCAUUAACAUAAGCAGCGGAACCAGCUGCAUUCAUAAUGUAAACCCAAAGCAAAUCUGCUAUGCUAGAACUGACAGGUGUAUGUGAUUUUAGGAAGGGGGGUUGAGGGAGGAUUGGGGUGAUCUAAUGCAACCAGAAGAACAAUGGGUGGAGGAAUAUCCUGCCUGUGUAUUGUUACCAACUUCCAAAGAAGGAUGAUAGCUUUAGGUGUGAAGAGAAAUAGACAAGUGGUAGAAUAUUAAUAGGGGAAUGUCUACUUCCUCAUUGAAAUGCAUGUUCAGUGAAGUAGUUUACUGCAAACAGACACACAAACAGGCAUACAGAAUUAUUCACACAGAACAGCAUCUGAGGAAUGCUGUCUCUUUUUUUUUCUUCUUAAAAACAGUGAGCCACUUGUAGCAGAAGUCUGCAGAAUUUGCACACUCUGACAAAGUAAAAAGGACAGCAAAUGCUCUUUUUCAGUUUUACUUAUCCAAAUUAUACAAAGAAGAGUUUGAUAGCAGCAGGCAAGACCCUACUGCUGAUAUUUAAAGUAUGAGAAAUUCAGCCUUUUCAUUUUUACCUCUUGCACAGCCAGAUCUACAACUUCUCCCUCUUUCAUCUCGAAUCUUUUCUAUUGCUUCUGAAAAAAGAAAAUGGAUUUGAGCCCCAGGGUCAUGUUUGCAUAUAUGUUUCCCUGGUUGUUUUAAGCUGCUCGCCCCCAUCUUUCUGUUAGUCAUUGUGUGCUUCUCCGAGUGUGACGUUCAGUUAAAGACGUUAAUUUGUAGCUGAUUCUAAGGCAAGACAAGGAAAAGACAUUGUGUUCUUUUCACCAACACAGAUCAACUCUCAUCUAAAACAACAUGCUGUUCUUUACCUCUAAGAAUUUUCUAUCUGGCUGUGUGAUGUUUCAAAAUCAGCAUGUGAGUAGCUGAUUUUACCACCUUUUAAAUCACUCAUUAUAAUUUAAGAGGUGUUAACUUGGCUGUAGGUCAUUUACUAAAACACCCCCCACUCUUACAAAAUUGAAAAUGCCAAGCUACUGGUGAACACACAGAGUAACAUCAGGAUCGGGCUGCUGACCAAGUGACUAUCCUGUGCAGCUAUGUCAAUAGUUUUCUUCCAUUAAAUGAUUUAUUUACAGGCUUUGAAAUGGAAAGCGCCCUACAGGAAUGUCCUUAACAAUAGGUUAUGAUACAUGGUCAUGCACACACUCCUAAAAAGAAAUUGGCACAUGAUUUUUGUAUUUUGCUUCAGUUCAAUUGCAAAAGCAGAGAGACACAUAGAUCAUGUUAUAGGUUUUUGCUUCAAUAAACUGACAUCUGUCCUUACAUCCUAGCAUUCUUCUGUCUUUCAUUUCUUCGUGUUUGUUACUAAGCUCAGUCUUUUCCAUUUUUCCCCACCUUUCAUCCCUGUCCUCUCUAUUUUUCCUUCAGAGAGGAAAAGAGUGAGCAGCUUUUGGACACCAGGCAGGAGCUUGAGAACAUGGAAGUAGAGCUCAAAAAGCUUCAGCAGGAGGUAACACCACAACAAACACUCAUAGACAGCAUCACGCAACUAAGUCAACAAAGCAUUUAUUUGAUUUCAACUUCCUUUUACCUUAAACUUCAUCCUCUUCUUAAGUACUUUGUUUCUGCAGCACUGCCAGGCUUCAAUUAGGCAGCAAGUGACUAAACUCAUUAGAGGCUAUUAGAGCUAUCUUUAGUCCUGCACAUGGCUUCUGAUUUGGAUUGGGCGGCAUGCUGCCUUGCUGCUUAAUAGACUGGAUGCUGUAAACAAGAUGGAUGAGUGUAUGGCAUGGAGGACUCCACAUUUGUGCACAGAUACAUGUUUAUUUAUUUAUUUAUUUUUAAUUUAGAAAAUAAGAACAACAAGUUUCCAUUAGCAUUUUAACAGGAAUUUUCCCGGUCUUUUAUACAUCUGGGUUAUGCAUAAGAAUAAAAAAAAAGGAAUAGUAGUAAUAAUAAUAAGAAAAAUAAAAUAAGGUUCAGGCAUUCUGAAGUUGUCACACAAGCUAAUCAGAAACUCUGACAAAGGGAAAAGGAAAUUAGUUGUUUUAGUCAAUGAUUGAACAAUGACUUUAUUUUAUAAUUUUUUCAUUUGUUAUUCAGAGAAAUAUGUUCCUGUUCAUACUUGUUUGGGGACGGAGGGAAUUUUCAGAAAUGUAAAACUAAUUCCCACAUUAUCUUGUUUUUUUUUUUUGUCACUAAACUCCUGCAGAGCUUCCAGUUGCUGUCGGACGCUCGGUCUGCUCGGGCCUACAGAGACGAGCUUGAUGCACUUAGAGAAAAAGCCAUCCGUGUGGACAAACUGGAGAGCGAGCUGAGCCGAUACAAGGAGAGACUGCAUGAUAUUGAGUUUUACAAAGCCAGAGUGGAGGUAUACAAAUAUUCAUUUAAUAUGAUACUGUUUAUCAACAAGACAGCAUGUGUAUUAAAAAAGAUGCCCCAUGGUUUACUGGAGCAUCAUGGAGUUCAGAAAGGAAUCUAGCAAUGAAUCUUUAAGUUAGUUUAAUUGAAAAUGUAGUGAACAACCCAAAAGCAUCCUGGGAGGAAUAUGCAAGAACCCAGUAACUACUGCAGAAUAUAAUAGAGGUUCUUGUCUAGAAGUACAGAGCUUUGAUGUUUUUCAUCACCACUACUUUUAUAUAAACUAAUAAAAAAAACAUUUUUGCAAAGUGUUGUAUAACUUAAGAAACUAGGUUGUGUCUGUUUACUGAAAGAUUGGGUGCUCUGUAGUAACCUUGGAAAAAUCCACACUCAAGGGGGAUGUUGAGGAAAGAUGGUGAGUAACAUACAGUCACCCAUUCCGACUCAGUGUUGACAACUUGAUCCUAAAAUGCGAGAUUGGAAAGGGCUCGCUGGAAAAAAUGUUGUUUCACUUUUUUGGUUAAGCUGAAUAAAAAAUAAAAAGUUGAAAUAUUAAAAACCAUUUUGGAUCUAUGAAUAAAUGGGAACUAUUAUAUAUUCACUUAGUUUUUUUAUUACUGCUCAUAUUAUAUGCUGUUGCCACUGAUGCAAUUAUUACUGAUUCCAGUGUUCGUUAAGGUAUUGAAAGUGAUGAUAAAAAUAAACCUCAGAUAUCCUUUUCCAUAGCUUCUUCUUGUUUUUGAAGUGUGUGAUUUUAUCUCUAACUGUGGAUGUGGUGUUUUUUGUAGGAGCUAAAGGAGGACAACCAGGUGAUGCUAGAGACGAAGGCCAUGUUGGAGGAACAGUUGGAUGCCAGCCGGACCCGGUCGGACAAACUGCACCUCCUGGAGAAAGAAAAUCUGCAGCUAAAAUCCAAGAUUCAUGACCUGGAAAUGGUGAGAUAAAGAAAAGUUUUUAAUUGUAAAGGUCAAUUUAAAUUUUAUGGUGAAGGGUUGAGUAAGAGGAGCUGGCUGUUAGUCACAGACAAAAAUGAACCUGCCACAUCUGUCAUAUGUGCAGCAUUUGUUUAUCACACUGUUAUAUACCUCUGCUAUCUCCAGGAGAGAGACAUGGACCGUAAGCGUAUGGAGGAGUUGUUGGAGGAGAACCUUGUGCUGGAGAUGGCUCAGAAACAGAGCAUGGAUGAAUCUCUGCACUUGGGCUGGGAGCUAGAACAACUAUCCAAGACACCAGAAGUGACUGAAGGUAAAACAAAAAAAACCCCAAUAGAUUAAAGGAUCUUUUAAAGCCAAGUUACUGACUACUAGAGUCACAAAAAGAGUGAAAGGGAAAGCGUAUACAAUCAAGCUGAAAUGCCUAUUGGAAAAUUGUCAGCUAAAUUGGCCAGGUUGAAGCCUGUAAAGAGCUGACAAACCAGGCCUUGGUCAUUGGCUCUUUGCCCUGGCAUCUUUCCCAUGGCAUAUACCAGCCUCCAUUGGGUUUUCUUUCCACUUGGUUAGGGCUUUUAAUUAAUAUUCAGUGGCACCAGGAGGAUAAUCGGUGCGUUUGGAUCAUAAAAGCUCCUGAGAGGUUUAAGCCACCCACAGUCUGGAUAGAGAUUUUCUUUAUGUGUAUGUGGGAGGGGUAUUGUUUGUCUAAUGCCACUUUGUAAAGCUUUUACACCUACAGAAUAAACCUUUUGCCCCCCUGUAAUCAAUUUUAGAGGGAUUUAUGAAGUUUCAUCUUUUUUUUGCAGUAACUGGCACCUCUUCAUUUAUUUCUGUUAUUUCAGCUUUAGGGCUUCUAUUGUCUGAAUCAUUUUUUAUGAGCAUGAUUUACAGUUCACUUUUUUGUUGCUGUCAUUGAUCCAGUCCUUCAAAAGUCUUUGGGCGAGGAGGUGAAUGAGUUGACCUCGAGCCGCCUGUUGAAGCUGGAGAAAGACAAUCAGACCCUGCUCAAGACCGUGGAGGAGCUUAGAGGAGCGGCAAGUCAGGAUGUUGUGUCGAAACUGUCAAAAGUCAGCCAAGAAAACCAGAGGCUGAGCCACAAAGUAAGUAAUGAAGUGUGAGAUAUCUUGACUUUAAUUUUAUUUAUUUUUUUCCUCUGGAGAAAUGGGACACUUACUGAAGAAUAAACCCAUAGACAGAUAUGCACCACCUAUUUCAUCUUUGAGAAAACAAUGUCAGCUUCUGUAUUGCUGCCCUUUAGCAUGUCAAGUGUAAAAUAUAUAAAGAGAUAAAUCAAAACUCCGGCUUUACCAGAUGAAACUUCAACAGAUGAACAAUUCUAAGUGUUAUUUUCAGUAUGCCUACUACUCUUGACAAAUAUUUGUUAUGCUCCUCUACAUUGUUACUUGUAGUAGUUGAAGAGGGUUUAAAGUCUUUUGACUGUUUAAAAAAAUCUGCACAAAAUGCAUCAGUGUUAAGAUAGACCAGAUAAAACCUGUAAUGUCUUUGUUUUAACUUUUCACCCCCCACAUCAGGGUCACCCCCAUAAUUAGCAUUUUGCACUAACACUCCCCCUGUAAUAUAUCUCCCUAAGCCUUGACUAUAGGUCUUUUCACAAGGUGACUGCGAGGAAUAAAAAAGAAAAAGGGAGAGAGUGUAUUGAGGGGUGGAUAGAGGGAUGAAAGCAAAGCUGUAAAUCCAGGCAGCCCUGCAUUGCUGUUUCUCUCUCAGUCUCUGACACUCAAACGCCCCUCGCUAAGAGAACUCUCUCAGCUAUUUUCAGAAACCUAAGCCUGUCUGUGUGCCCCCUGCAUAAAAACCUUGAAAUUGUGUUUUUCUCUCACAAAGAGAAGACCCCGAGCAAAGAAUUUAUUUCUGCGUAACUGAAGGCCUAAAGCUUGAAACACAUUAAAAUGUGAAUGCAGCUGCUGUAGACUGGAACAACAGAUAUCUCUCAUUAAAUGUGUGCUUACGUGCACAGAUUAACUACCAUUUUUCUCUGUAGAGUUGUGACAGAAGGAGGUGAUGCAUUAUUUUCUGCAACUUUGACAAACAAUUGCACCAGCUUCUUUGAGAUUGGGAGUCAGUGUAACACACACUGUGAUGGACUAAUUACACAGUAAUACUUGCAUCAUAAGACAGAUGAUACAGCAAAAUAGGUUAUGAUGUCAUGCAAGCAUCUACAGGGAAAACAGUCUUGAAAUGACUCAUAAAAUUUAGCACAGCCAUUGCAAAGCUUCCAUCUGUUUUUGUUAUUAAAAAAAACUUUUCAAUGAGACCCAAACAAGACUGUGAUUCAUUUUAAAAUGUUAUUACAAUUUUUGUGUGCAGUUGGAGCAGCUAGAGAGUGAACUGAAAGCCGACAGGGAGUCACUCCGCAGUGCUGAGUCACUUAGUACCGACUUGAUGAAAGAAAAAGCCUUAUUGGAGAAGACGCUGGAAACGCUCCGAGAAAACUCUGAAAGACAGGUACCCUUACUUUCAUUGCUGCUUGUUUGUCAAUUUUGUCUUGAUUGCACAGUUUUUUUCUUGUUCCACGUGAACAGGCUUUGUGAACAUGAUGGAACACUUCAGCCCCUGAAUUAUUAUAUGACUGAUAUUGAGUUUUCUUGGAUUUUCUUAGAUCAUGUGAUUUGAGGUAUGGUAUGGUACAGUUGCACUCUGUAUUCUGGAAAAACAAGUGGUCAAAAAUACCAACACUGAGAGACAGACUGGCCAUUGAAUCAGUGCAUCAUGCCGCUGUCGCAACAAAACCGUCAUUGAUUCUCGUUUCAGGACAUUCCAAGAACAAGACUAAGCUGUGUAAUUUAAUGAAGUCUAAAAAGAGUUUUCCUGACAGCAGUCUUUGUGCUAUGGAUUUGCACUUGGCUUUGGAAAACUAUUAAGUCGAGCUGCUGCUAUGUUUUAUUGACUACACAAAUUUCUAGCUCUCCGUGGUCCAGAUGCGGUCUGCGGCAGCAUGUCUGCAGGGAUGUCAUAGUUGUUAGGCUAAAAUCUAAUGCUCUUUGAUUAGUUUAACCACCUGAUAUGUAAAAUAUAACUUUGAUGAGCUUCAGAGGCAGAGAAAACAUUACAUUAACAGAGUAGGGGGAAGUUUGUGUUGUCCAUGCCAAACAUGAGAUGUUCUGUAAACUACAUGUUCCACAGUACCAAGUAUUAAGAUGAACUGUAGAUUUCUUUGUUUACAUCCACUCUGUAACAAAAUCAUCAGAAACAAUCCUUAACAUCAAUGACCCACAAUCAACAGACAGGAGAGACUUGCCUGAUUAAUACGCAUAUGAAUGGUAAUGUCUUUCUAAUAGAAACCUGAAGAAACUCCCAUGUAGCUCACUGCACUAAAUCUGAAAGCUAAAUCACCACUGUUCGACUUGACCAUAUGACAUCAUUAAAACUCUGAUGUCUGUUGUAGUUGAAGGAUCUGGAGCAGGAGAAUAAGCACCUGGGCCAGACUGUGUCAUCUCUGCGUCAGCGCUGUCAGGUCAGCGCUGAGGCCCGUGUUAAAGAUGUGGAGAAAGAAAAUCGAGUUCUCCAUGAAUCCAUCUGUGAGACAACGGCCAAACUCAAUAAGAUGGAGUUUGAAAGGAAACAACUACGUGAGUGACAUGUGUUCAGUUUUUUGCUUUGAUUGUUCAGCUGUGGGGAUUGUUUUAUUUCAUCUGUUGUUUUUGAUCCUGUGGACUCACAUUUAAUUUUACUUUCCAUUUUUUUUGUAUGUUGAACUGAUGUGCCUUUUAAAUGCAGGGAAAGAGCUUGAGGUGAUGAAGGAGAAAGGAGAAAGAGCAGAGGAGUUGGAGAUUCAGAUGCAGAAGCUGGAACGAGAGAAUGAAAGCCUGCAGAAGAAAGUAGCCAGCCUUGGAAUCACCUGUGAAAAGGUGAAUUUAGAUUUCUGCCUUUUGUCAGUGAUUCUGUUCGCAUUUGUCUGUUGCUGUUGCUUUUUACCUUUGAAACAAAUCCAAGUCUUAUACAGCCUUGCAUAAGAGCAUGUGACAAAGUUGGGAUAAAGCAGGUGAAUUUUUUCAUCUUCAUUUAUAAGUAAUGUGUGUGUGUGUGUGUGUGUGUCUGUUUGUAGGUGUCUUCUUUGGAGAAGGAGAACUCUGAGCUUGAGGUAGAGGGCCGACGUAUGAAGAAGAAGCUGGAUUCUCUGAAGAACAUGGCCUUCCAGCUGGAGGCUCUGGAAAAAGAGAACUCUCAGCUGGAGCAGGAGAACCUGCAGCUUCGGCGCUCUGCUGAGAAUCUCAGAUCAGCAGGAGCUAAAGCUGCUCAGCUGGAAGCGGAGAAUAGGGAGCUGGAGAGCGAAAGGAGCCAGUUGAAGCGCAGUCUGGAACUGCUGAAAGCCUCAUCAAAGAAGACUGAGAGGCUAGAGGUAGGGACUCAUGACGACUAGAGGUCAUACUACUAAAUCUGGGAAUAUGUAAGACCCAAUCAAAAGGCAACCAUUCGUGGCAGGAGGCUUAUAUAAAAAACAAAAAGAGGACUACUGCUGUUUGUUAGGUUUAAUUAGUUUUUAUGCACGAGUUACCUUGCCCUUAACAAAGACAACUUGUGUCUUUAUACAAGGUCGUAGAAAAGUGAGGUUGUGUUUGAGGCAGCUUGCAGAUUUUUGUAAUUAUCAUCUCCAAUUAAUAUUUUUACAGGUAAGUUACAAGGGAUCUGGCAUACAACUGCAUCUGGGAGCAGAACAACUAGUUCAUGACUGCUUUUAAUAUCUCAAUCUGGCUUUGCUUCUCCCAGGUGAGUUACCAGGGCCUAGAUACAGAGAACCAGCGCCUGCAGAAAGCCUUGGAGAACAGCAGCAAGAAGAUCCAGCAGUUGGAGGCAGAGCUGCAAGAAGUGGAGACUGAGAAUCAAAACCUCCAACGCAACCUCGAGGAACUCAAAAUCUCAAGUAAACGUCUGGAGCAGCUUGAGCAAGAGGUAGGAUUAAAAAAACAUUUCUGUAUGCAUGAAUUUGUUUGAAACACUUCAAGGUUUUUUGGUUUCAUAAACAGAGGUCUAUGAAGUAAAAACUGAUUUGUGGUCAGAUUUGGGAGACUACCAGUACUUUAAACUCUCCUGGAGCACAAAACUGCUUUGGAGCAGAACUAACAUUACAAUAAAGCAUCAAAUAGAAUGGCUAUUAGUGGUUUACUGACACAGCAUCAGCAACUCCUUUUGGGAUAAGCUGAUUCUGCCUCACUAAUCAGGUUGGUUUAAAAAUGUCAGUCCAGGCAGACUGAAAGUUGGUAGUUUGUGAGGCAGCAGUUUGAAAAAUCUUGCACAAGAAUUGGAUAAAUAAAACUUGAUAUAUUGUUAUUUUUCAGUUCAUUCUUAUAAAAUGUUGAAGUGAUUCCUGGCAAUUCCUUUGAUUUCUUUGUUCGAUUGAUCUUUAGCCACAUUCAAUCUGAAUCCACUAACCCCACAAAAUGAUAUUUUAUCUGAAUAUUCUCCAUUGUAUUUCCACCAGAACAAGACUCUAGAGCAAGAAAGCUCCCAGGUUGAGAAAGACAAAAAGCUGCUGGAGAAGGAGAACAAGCGACUGAGGCAGCAAGCCGAGAUCCGUGACGCCAAGCUGGAUGACAACAACCAGCGGAUCUCUUCCUUGGAGAAGGAGAAUCGCACAAUGGGCAAGGAGAUGAUCUUCUUCAGGGACUCUUGCACAAGAGUCAAAGAUCUGGAGAGGGAGAACAAGGAGCUGGUCAAACAGGCCACCAUUGACAAGAAGACUCUUAUUACACUCAGGGAGGUAAGUCAAAGUCUAAAAAAAUACCUUUUUUUUCGAAUGAGUAUGAGUGAUUGAGAGGUGACAGUGAAGUUGAGUUUUACUUAUCGUGCGGCUGUGUGUUAACAGGAACUUGUGAGUGAGAAACUGCGGACACAGCAGAUGAAUAAUGACCUGGAGAAACUGACGCAUGAGCUGGAAAAGAUUGGGCUGAACAAGGAAAGGCUGCUACAUGAUGAAAGCUCUGAUGACAGGUAUUAUCUCACACACAAGCUCAAAUAUUUCACUGUUAUAUGAUGGCUUUUAAAACGGUUUACUUUGUAGGAAAUUUCCUGAGCCAAGAUCUCCCCUACCUGCUCCUGUACGCUCCGGCCAAGAAGUCAGUUUGGUCUGGCUAUCGGUGCUUGCUGGACACAAACAUCCAAAUUUGCACACAGCACUAACUUGAGUAAUUAUUUUUAGGUUUAAGCUCCUGGAAACCAAACUGGAGUCCACUCUAAAGUCAUCUUUGGAGAUUAAAGAGGAAAAGAUCGCUGCUCUGGAGGCCAGACUACAGGAGUCAUCCAACCUCAACCAACAGCUGCGCCAGGAGCUCAAAACAGUCAGUGACACACACAUCAACAAAUCCAAACUUUAAAACAUAGCAAUACAAGUCUAACUUACUGUAUUUUAUUUGUGUGGAUUUAUUAUCUUAGCUAAAAUAAAAUACUGACAACACUUAAUAAAAAAACAGAUUCAACCUCCCAAAACCAAAACAUCAAUCUCCCAGCCAGUCCACUUAAGAACAGUAUGUCCAAAAAUCCUCCUCCAGCAAUCCAAAUACUAGAAAGCACUGAAAACACUGAGGGCAUCCCAAAGCUGAUGCAUUUUUAAUUCAUCCACUCUUCCAUUUCUUUCACCGGUUUAUCUAUUUAUGAGGUGGAAGGAGUCGGUAAAAGGUGGAGAGGAGUGGAGGAUGUCUGCUUUCCUUUGGGGAGGUAUUUGUGUUCUAAGCUUGCAGACACAUAUCAGAUCAGGGGUUGAAGGUUUGAGGGUAAAAGUUGAGGCAUCUGCGGAUGAACCAAGUUCAACUGUGAAUCUGUAAUGGAUGCUGCACACCACCUACUUACUUCAGUAACACUCCUGCACUUAGCUACUGUAUUUUCUUUUUGAUUGUUUAACAGUUCUCAGCCAAGCCUUGGGCAGUACUUUAUUCUCAGAUCUCUUGAAUAUUAAUUUUGUUCAAUUUGUUUUCAUGUGAAAAACUAAUUCUCCUGCUUCAUAUAUUUUUGCCUCUCUCCAGGUGAAGAAAAACUAUGAGGCCUUGCGUCAGAGGGAGGAAGAAGAGAGGAUGGUGCAGAGUUCACCGCCUAAAGGAGGGGAGGACUCUCAGGCUGUCAGUAAAUGGGAGAAAGAGAGUCAUGAAGCCACGAGGGAGCUGCUGAAAGUCAAAGACAGACUAAUUGAGGUGGAGAGAAAUGUAAGUCAGCACACGAUGGCUGAGGGCGGCAUAUGCGCUGUUUCAAAUAAACAAUAUUCGUUGUUGAUUUUUUUUUUUUCCCCUGCUUUUUUCACUCAAAGUUAUGAAUAAUGUGAAUUAUGUUUGAUUUGUCCAGAAUGCAACACUCCAGGCUGAGAAGGCAGCUCUAAGGAGCCAGCUCAAACAACUGGAAACUCAAAGCUCCAAUCUGCAGGCUCAGAUAGUGGCUGUACAGAGACAGACUGCAUCUUUACAGGAAAACAAUACUACACUACAGACGCAGAACGCCAAGCUGCAGGUAAUCCUCCAGACAUCACACACAGAGCAGUAUCUUAGAGAAAUGGAAUCCUUGCUUUCUCACAGACGAGUAAUUACUAACACAGAUCUGAAAGUUGUCAGCAUAGUAGUGUAUCAAGACUUUUGAUUAGGCAAAGAAAACCCUCUCAAAAAUAUGCUUUAAUAUUUUCCAAGAAAAAUACUGUAUUAAUUUGUAAUGAUGAAUAUUAUGUUGAAGCAAACAUAAGUCUGGUUAAAGUUAAAAGGAAACUACAACUAUCAUAGCACUUGAAAGCAUCAUUAAAUUUUUUCCUUAAAUUCCUAAUGUUAACCAAAUGAUGAAAUAUUGGUCACUCUACAUCUAAGAGAGUUGAUGCAAGGCUGUCUAGUCCUCUUCUAACAUAGCUGGGUUUUUUGGUUGCCUUGCUAGGCUGCUUAGCUCCCUGGAUUUAGAUGUGUGCUUCAUGUUUGGCAGCAAAUCAAACCCAGCUUAUGGGUGAAGGAUUUACACCGACCAUACAGUAGCUUCUAGCUGAUUCUGUGUGUAAUUGUGUUUGUCUGCUGAUGUGUGCGGGUUGUGUUUCUGCUGGGGUGCAUUUAAACAGGUGUGUGUUGGAGGAAAUGAGUAGUUUCUAGGGUUCUUGUUUAUAGGUACAGGAAAAGUUAGUGCAGACAGAAUGUAUUUUUAAAAGUGUGAGCACAGGCGCACACACUCAUCCUGACUGAAGAGGUGUUGUAGACUAGGAAACUACUGUGGCCAAAAAGGAAACAUGAAAAGAAACAGUUUUCCUCGUGGUGCUUUGUAGGUGGUGCACAUUGAAAAGGGAGAAAGAACUAACCAAAAAGGAGACACAGUGCCCCCCAUAGACCAAAACAGACACAACUUUAAUUAAAUCAACCUUUUAUGAUCCUCUAUGAUUGGCUUGAAGAGUUGAGUACUCCAAAAAACCCCUUCAACUGGCUAUAAAUGGGUUUAACUGAAUGUGAAAAUACUGAAUUGAGAACCUUUAUCUGUCAGACUCCUUGGUCAGCCGUUCCUUUCCCCACUUUCAUCUUAUUUGUGACAGUCUUUUUCACCUAACUCCAAACUUUUUCCAAAAGGCUUGUCUUUUUUUGUUCUUAAAAAAAUCUAUAUGCUCACUCUCUAUCUCCACACUCUGUCUUUAAUUUUUGUCUUGUUCUGUAGGUGGAGAAUUCCACCCUAAGCUCACAGAGUGCCGCCCUCAUGGCCCAGAAUGCCCAGCUGCAGACCCAGCAGAUCAGCGUGGAGGGUGAAAGAGAAGGAGCUCUGAAAGAGAAAGAGGAUCUAAGGUCCACGUAUGAGCUGCUUCUGCGAGAUCAUGAGAAACUGGCAGCACUGCACGAGAGACAGGCAGCUGAGUAUGAAGCUCUGAUUGGGAAGCAUGGGGGCUUGAAGAGCUCCCACAAGAGCCUGGAGCAGCAGCACAGGGACUUAGAAGACAAGUGAGACAAGUCUUACAGUUUCUCAUUCAACUGUUAUUCCUAACUUUACAUACCUCUUAAUUUGUUUUGUACAUUAACUAGGGAAUAUUAAUCAGUUAAUCAGAAAGAUGUAUAAUGCAUGUGUGUGUUUUGAUACAUAAAGGUACAAACAGCUCCUGCAUAAGAAAGGCGAGCUAGAGGAGCUGGAAAAGAAUCUAAAGGCCCAGCAGGAAAAAAUGGCACAGGAAAACCAAACACACCAAGACACAGCUGACAAGUGCAAACUGCUCAAAGAGGAAAAUGACAGGUGAGCCCAAUGUGUACUGUGUAAAGUUAUUUAAAAGUUUUAUAAAUUAUUUUGCUUUCUGUAAAACACAUUGGAUGUCCGAAAUUUUGUUUCAUUCUUUGUUUUCAUAGAGUCUCUGUGCUCUCUCCUCAGACUAAACUCCACCUAUCGUCAGCUGCUGAGGGAGAACGAUAAUCUCCAGCUGGACCAUAAAAACAUAAAGAGCCAGCUCAACAGCGCCAAGCUGGAGCAGACCAAGCUGGAGGCUGAAUUUUCUAAACUAAAGGAGCAAUACCAGCAGCUGGACAUCACCUCCACCAAGCUAACAAACCAGUGUGAAGUAAGGAGACACAGAUUUCUUUACUUCUUUGUGGUUUUAAAUGAUCUGCUGCUAAACCCGUCUGUCUUUUUAAUAUAUCAUUAUAAAGAUGACUUGUGAAGCCAGCUGUGUUGUGUGAUGCUCUUUUCUUUUAAUGCACCGCGUUUGUUGUUGAUUCAGGUGUCAGUGUAAGUCUUUGAUGUAUCUAAAUAUACGUGUGUGUGUAUGUGUUAGUUGUUGAGCCAGCUGAAAGGAAACCUGGAAGAGGAGAAUCGUCACCUGCUGGACCAGAUUCAGACUCUGAUGCUGCAGAACCGCACACUACUAGAGCAGACCAUGGAGAGCAAGGACCUGUUCCAUGUGGAGCAAAGACAAUACAUGUGAGCCUGAUGAUGACUGUUCAUUUAACUAUGAAGCAUUUUGACUAGAUUUGUCGCUUGCGUAAGCUUUAGUUUGACAUUCGUAUUUUAGACUUCAUGCAUUUCAACUUUGGUCUGUUGUAUUGGAUCAUCUCAUUUCUUCCCUAUCAGAGACAAACUGAAUGAGCUGAGGAGACAGAAAGAGAAGCUCGAGGAGAAAAUCAUGGAUCAGUACAAGUUCUAUGACCCCUCCCCGCCACGCAGGUAAGAUUUCACAUACCCUACUUGAAAACACUAACAAUGAAGUUACUUUACCGUCUGUAAUUUAGUGAAUUGUUAAUGUGUUAGCUUAUUUACGUGUAUCUGUGAAUUGAGGGAAUGGCAGCAGUGCAUUCAUACUGCAGCUUCAAGAAGUGAUGAGUUAAUUAUUUAUGAUCUGCGCAGCUUUAAACUGCUGUAUACUGCGACAUUAUGCUCUUCAGUAUUAUGUAUGGAAAUAUAAAAGAUGGUAUGCAGCCCUUGAAAUAAGUUAAGAAGUUGAUCAAAACAUCCAUUCAACUUUCAUACUAUUUUAGUAUCUCCUGUUACUACAUCUUUUUAUUUUUAUGUUAUGGUCUCUUUGCUGCCCCCCAUAUAGGCGUGGCAAUUGGAUCACUUCAAAGAUGAAGAAGCUGAUCAAGCCGAGAAGCAGGGAGAGGAUGCGUUCUCUCACACUAACCCCUUCUCGCUCAGAGUAUGGUGAUGGUUUCCUGAGCUUCCCCCAGGACAGCCAGGACAGCUCCUCCAUCGGCUCUGGCUCCAACUCACUCGAUGACACACUUACACAUAAGAGGAGCAGCAGUGAGUAUAAGCAAGACACCUGUACGCAAACAGACAAUAGUUCAUACACACUUGAACAUCUAAACAUUGACAGCAGUAAUCAAACUACAUGUCAGAAAGCUCAAUUUGGUGCUAAAUACUCUAUUACGACUUCUUCAAACACUCUACAAAUACAAACAUCAGACAUGCAGGACUCACUUGUGCUUGGUGUGCGUGUGAGAAGGCUUGUGUGACAUGUUCUGGUUGAGUGCUUGGUUGAACGGGUCUUUCCUCCCCUAACUGCUCCUUUGCUUCUUUAUCUCUCUCUCUGCGAAGGGAGGAGAGGGCAGCAGUCACAUGCCCAAGGGCAGGGGUCCACCAAUGGUAUGCUGCGGAUGGGGAGGGUGGGCGGGGUUUGUGAUCCGACUGUCACGUCUCUCAGGGCAUGUUUUCGUGAGUCCACUGUCUGUGUCACUCAGCUGUUCAAGAAGUUACGGAUGAGCUGCGCAGCACUACAAGGUUUACUCCGCAAACUGGAACCUGUUACAAAAUACGUUUUUUUUUUCUCCCCGAUGUUUGAAACGACAAUAGAGAUGCUUGAUUUCUCUAGGAUAAAUUGCUCCAAAACCGAGUACAAAUAACAGAGAUAUUAGACCUUUGUUCAAGAGUCAAAACUUUUUGGUAUUGAGAAGAAAAAAUGUAAAUUUUUGUGAAUGAAGUCACACAAACUUUAAAGGCACAGAUUAAGCACAUCAAAGUUUGGUGAUGACAGGCCUCAGGAAUACCACUGUGCCCUACAAAAAAUUAAAGAGCUUUUUGGACAUACUGUUUAAAUACUUACCUGGAAUGAAGACAUUCCUGAGUGAGCGACUGUCAGAGAUUAAUUGUAAGUUUGAAUUUGAUGGUGCAGAUCAAACAGAAAUUAGCUCACUGGACUUCUGUGACUCAGCAGUCCAUCAUGAGUCCUGAAGUGUUAUCACAGAGAAAAUUAGGGCAGCACUGUUCCAUCAAAACUCACGUGUGAAGCUAAAUCAAGCAUAUCUCAUGUGGUUGAAACACUGAAGGAUCAUUUUGUGCCAGGUCCAGUUUUCCCUCUAGUCCUUUUUUAGUAUCCAGAGGCUCCUUUGCUAUCAUGUCAACCUGCUGAUCUGUGCAGUUCACCUGUAAAUAUCUGAGAAACGCCCUCUGCCGUAGCAUUAAAGUUAUUAAAAGGUGCAAUGCCUGUUGCUUGACUUCCAGUCACUACAAGGUCAUAAUAGUAGAUGUUUUAAAAUCUAAACUGCAAAUUUGUGUGAAGAAAGAAUUAACUGUAUGUAUGAUACCAAUUUUAAAGUUAGAGCUGUUGAUAAUAAGCUAGUAUAAUAAAGGAGUUGUAGUAUUUUUCACACUUAUUUGGGAAAACCAAGGACCAAAGAGAUGUGUAGUUAACUCACACAUAAAGGUCAUCAUAAUACAAAAAUUGUUCAUGGUUAUUUUGAUGCUAUUUUAAAGUGUGCAAUAAAUUCUAAAAGGAGUAAAAGAUUUAAACAUUAAGACGAACUGAUAAGUGUGAAACAUGAGGACACAUGAACAAAACACAACACAGUGGAAUAACAAUGGGUAAAAACAGUCUACUCUGAUGCUGUCAAGCCCCUUUAAUUUUUCCAGCAUUUCUUCACUGAUUGCACCCUUUAAUAUUCCUCAUCCUCUGUGUUUCAUGUAGGUAUAACAAUGUGACAGUUGUGUUGUGGUGGAGAGUACGUAUUUAAAGCCAGCCGCAGAAGAAAACAGUCAUGUCAUUGCCAUUGGAAUGCUUGAGAGUGAUGCUGUGAGCAGGAUGAUGUGUGGUUGUAUGUGUAUUUGCAUAGUGUGCCUAAAUUUUUUUACUGUGUAUGCCAUGUCUGUGUUCAGAGGUCUGCCCUUAGAAUAUUACCAUAAAGAAUAAAAAAACUCAACAACAUCCAAAGAACGAUGCUCGUAAAAAUCACUGGGACUUGGUCAAAACGUGCUCCCGCUCCGUUUUGAACAGUUUUUGUAGUUGUUUUGUCCACAUCAUUGUUGUCAGUUGUCUAGCUGAGUGUCCAGGGGUCAGCUCUCUCUGCAUCCCUCCCCUGGCUCGCUCUGCAAAAAUGUUAACCACAUCCCUCUGUUUUGCCCCUCUUCUUCUUUUGUUUUCUUUUCCUCCACCCCCCCUUGGGCUUGUUCUGUCACUCUCACUCUCUCUCCCCUGUCUCUCUAUCUGUCUGGUGUCUAUCUGUCUAUCUCUGGCUGCGCUCUGACAGCUAUAAAAAGGUUGCCUUUCAUGAGGAACAGAUCCAAGGACAAAGACAAGGCAAAGGCCAUCUACCGGCGCUCCAUGUGUAAGACCUCCGUUAGUCGCUACUCGAGCCUCCCUCGACCCUGCUCUCUCUUUCAUUGUCACACUGGGAGAAACAAAGAGGGAACAGUCACUGAUAUCAAGGGGGCUGCAGCGUGGGGAUAUGACUAUCAGGUUUCUGUCAGAGCUCUUGAACAUACUCAGCUCUUUGGUCAUCAAAUUUUGGGUAAAACAGUGAUUCAGUCAUCUUAUGAUACCUUAUGGUUGCAAAUGCCAGCACAAACAAUUUCCAUUCAGUUUAGUUUACUAAUUAUUAUGUACUCACCAAUGGCCUCGCUGCAUCUGUUGACAUCAGUGACCUGUUCUGUUCUUCAUUUUUUUCCCAGUUACACCCACUGUCCUUCACCAGCUCUGCUGUGUGCCGCCUCUGCUCCCUCCUGUAGAGUGCAUACUCGAAGCUUUCACUGUUGUAGUCUCACUUUGUUCUCACUAUCAGUAGAUGAAUGAAUAACAGAAACACAACAACAACAAAAAAAUACAAGAGGAUAUGAAUGUUUUGGUGAAAAGAAAACAGGACUAACAAAAAUAGGCUCUAUAAAUGGAUUUUUUUCAGUGUGACAUAGUUUGAACUUCAACUCUCAAGGCUUAUUCAGUUUAAUGGUUGAGUUCAUCACUUUGCAUCAGGCAACUUAUUGGGCAGCUUUGUCAUGUGCUUUUUGGUCUCAUUUUGUUUGUGUAUCUUGAAUGAAAGGCUUGAAUGUGUGUUUGUGUGUGUACUAAAGUGUGCUCAGGUGAGAGGGACUGUGGGUUUGCCUUUCAUGCGCCUGUGGUGUAUUUGCUCCCGUCUUUGACUGCAGCAUGACUAAAUAAAAUCAUCAACCGCCUGAUCACCACCACUCGCACUCACCAUGGAGGACUUGAAAUGGAGUCGAUACUUUCUUUUUGUCUCUCUCUCUCUCUUUCCUUCCCUCUGUCACUGUCUCUUUCUCUUUCCCUCUGUCGCUCUCUCUCUCCAUCUUCCUCUGUCAGGGUACUGCAGGGUACUCUUUCUCUCUCUCUCUCUUUCCCUCUGUCACUGUCUCUUUCUCUCUCUGUCUCUCUCUCUCUUUCCCUCUGUCACUGUCUCUUUCUCUCUCUGUCUCUCUCUCUUUCCCUCUGUCUCUCUGUCUUUCUCUCCAUCUUCCUCUGUCAGGGUACUCUUUCUCUCUCUCUCGCUCUCUCUGUCUCUCUCUCUUUCCCUCUCUCUCUCUCCAUCUUCCUCUGUCAGGGUACUCUUUCUCUCUCUCUCUGUCUCUCUCUCUCUUUCCCUCUGUCGCUCUCUCUCUCUCCAUCUUCCUCUGUCAGAGUACUGCAUUUCAGAUCUUAUUCUGCUGACAUGGAUUUACCACCUUCUGGUUCCAGCUCUGAUCUUUUGUUUACAGUGCCGCCUCUGCUGCUUCGUGCAGCUCUGCAUGCCGUCAUGCUUUUUACCGCCACUCAGUAAACAAAGUGCUUAAAGACAGCAGCUUCUUUGGGUUAUAGAGUUCCUCUUCCCAAAAGACAAUUUUCCUGCAAAGAGGAACCCCAAAGCAAGAUUUAAGAACAGUGAUGCUGCCAUCUUUAUUUACCUUGUACCUGUUUAAACAUUUAAUCACGUUCUGUAAUGCAGAGUGUCUGCAUGAGCUCUCGAGUUUCAGUGGACUGGAUUUGAUUUGAUUUGAUUUUUUUUUUAAUGUGCACUGAAAGAUGAAUCACAGUACUUUUGCUUUAAUUGAGGCAGUGUGGAAGAGAAAGCAACCAAAGCAACAUUUUUAAAUCUGAAAUGUUGCUUUCAUCUGCUCAGUUUGUAUCCUGAGAUACAUUUUCUGAAGUUAAAAGAUUGUAUGCCUCAAUUAUGCAUACAGCCCGCUAGAAUGGAUUUGAUCAUAACCUCUAGUCCUCAUUUGAAUCUCUGUCCAAUCUUUCAGCCAUGAAUGAUCUGCUGCAGACGAUGGCUGUGGCGGGCAGCAUCGAAAACCUCGAUGGUGCUGAGCCUGGAGAUGAUUGCACGGCUGGCAGCAGCAAACGCAGCGGGCAGCGCAUGAAGGAGCUCGCCUUUUCCACCAACGCCAUCGACUGUGCCACGCUUACACUUCCUAGUGCACGGCACAGCAGGGCCAAACAGCGCCUGCAGGUCAAAGGUCAGGAUGGUGUUUUAUUAUUUUUUAAAAAAUCCAAUUGAGUAUCAAUCAAUCAAAGUUUAUUUUUAAAGCACUUUUCAUACAUGGAAUGUCGCACAAUGUGCUGUCCAUUCAUGCAGGAUAUUGAAAAACGAUGAAAAUACAGAUACCAAACCCCACCCACCUUCCAAACCCCCAUUCAACACACACACACACACACACACACACACACACACACACACACACACACACACACACACAUAUGCAUACACAAAAGACCAGGACUCUUCAACUUGCCACAGAUGACUGAGGAAACGCUAUCUUGAGUUAAAAAAAGAUGUGGAAACACUGGAUCUAGGAAUAAAACGAUAAAAGUUAAUCAAAAAAAGUCUUUAAAUGAAACAAUAAAAGAAAGUAAAUUAAAAGAAGAGGUAAUAAAACACAAAAUAAUUCCUCUAGGACUAAAAUAGUGUAAAAUCACAUAAUGCAGAUUAAAACAAAAUUCAACUAGAAGCCAGAAUAAAAUAGGUAGGUUAUUCUCCACAUCAGAGACAUAAGGAUGAAUCUUCUGUUAUGAUCAACUUCUAAUCUUAUACCGCUUCCAGAAAGGGCCCUAAAGGAAAUUGAACUCUUUACUUUUUUUUGUUUCUCAACAGAAAAUGCAUCUUGUGAGGAUGUCGCCGGCUCCUUAGAUGAACCAAAGAGCCAAGGUAAGCCUGCCCCCUGAACAGACAACAUCCAACUGAAGACUUUCCAAUAAAAAGAGCAAAAGUGUUCAAACUGAGAAAAUAAGAAAAGCUGGCCCCUCCAAAAAAAAACAGGUCAUGUCCUCAGCGGGCCCACUGCUAAUCUUUGGGCUCCCGUCCUGCUCUUCGAUUAAGCCUGAUCUCCAGUUGGAAAAGCAAUUUUUGUGGUGAGCAAAAGAGGGAGAGAUGAGCCUCCAUUCAAAGUCGGAUUGACUCUAAUUCAGACUGUAGGACGUUAUCCAGGGUAGUUAAUCUGUGGACAGGCAGCUAUUCAUCAGUUCUGUGUCACUCGGAUCUAGAUGACCCAGUUGUUUAACAGCCACAAAACCACUGACACACAUUUCUUGGUGCAUAAUCUAGGUCUACACCCUGUAAACAUCAGAUUUAGUUUUUUUUUUUCAAGAACACAUUUUGAUUUUUAGAAAUUACUUGCAGACUAAUGCACAGUAUAAUUUUAGUGCACUCUGUGCUAUUGAAAGUGACCCAUAGUUCCAACAGAUCAGUCAGCUGCUUCUCCAUUAGUGCCCCACCUGCAGUCUACUUAGCUGAUGACUUCCCAGACUGCACUUAUUAAAUCCAAUACAUCGUUGUGAUGGGUCCCAUUUCCUAGCGUGUGCCUGUAAUGGCUGCAGGAAAUGGAAACUCGCUCUUGUUAACGCAGCCAACAUUUCUCAUAAAGUAACAACCUGUAGGUCAUUUUCCGGAGAUGCUAUCGAUUUUUUUUAAGUGAGUUGUUUGGCUUUCACAAAGUUUCCAUAAUGUAACUCCCUGUCUCUACCUGUGUCUGGAACUAAUAUAAGGUAUUAAACUUUGCUUGUUUUGCGCCGAGGGCAGCAGCAGCAGUAGUAGUGAGGUCAUUUGUCACAAUCAGCUGUGUUUGUGUCUGUGUUUUGUAUCAGGCCUGCAGGUGUAUAGCAGUAUUCUGUCUCCUUCUCCUGUAAAGCUGAGCGUUAUGUGCAGAGUGCCCUGUAGCGUCUGCAGUAAGUGACUGCCACUCUGCACUUCCUGGGCUGGUUUUUUGCUACAUUUUGAUAAGACCUUCAUUUAAAUUUCAAAUUCGGUGUCAACCGUGUUCUGAAAACCACUUUGACAUGAUUUCACGGUUCCUGGUUUCCAGCUAAGCUUGUCCCCCGCAAAGACGGUCAAAAGCAAGGUCACACUUUCACCGCUCCUUUUCCCUUUCUUUCUUUUUCCUGACGUUUCUGUCAAAGUUUAACACAAACCCACACCUCCUUUGUCUUCUUUGAAUGACUAAUUAACUCCACGGUCCACUGGAAUUGGGUUUUGACUUUAUCAGUUUCCUAUAACGUGGGUAGGUCCUCGGAAAUAGGUGUCCCUGUCCUCUCUGUCACUACUCGCUUUGUUUAUUUUCUUGGACAUAUUGGGGCUGUAGCCUGGCACUGAGCCCCCUUCUGUCCUCCUGCCUGGCGUUUGCCAUCUGCCGCCCCAGCGGGAGACGUUCUGUCUCACUGUUAGUGUGCACAAAGGUGUUAGGCUUUGUGUCGGUGCACGUUUGUGGGAAAACAUAAGUGUGUUUAUAUACAUAUCUUAACUGUGUAAGUAUGUGUACAUGUUUGUGUGUUUUCCCUCUCGUCCCUUACCCAGCCUCCAGACCCACCAGUCUCCAUAGCAACAGGACCACCAGUAGUAAUAGUAACAAUAACUCCCACCUCACUUCUCCUCUGGAGGGUAAAGGUAUGCUCCUUCCUUCCCCACUUUCCCUUUCUUCCUCCUAAACCACCCUUCUCUUUCUUCUUUUUCUUACCUUACCUCAGUGUGUCUUAUAAAAAUCUUGAUCAGGUUUGACCUCUAGGUUCCAGGGUUUUUUCUUGAGUGUAAAAUCCACUUCUCUGGGUGAGCUAAUACCCUUCUGGAGAGGCCGAGCAGUACUGUCGCAUCAUGUGGCCUCUUGUGUUUUCAUUAAACAAAUCUAAAUGAGACAGUCACAACUUCGCUGAACAAUGGCACAGAGAUGAUAAAGCAUUCACUUGAUUUAGUAUUCUGUGCUGGUUUGAUGCAUGUGUUAUGGAUGAGCGUUGAGCAAUCAAAGCAAAUAGGCAGGGGCCGUAAGAAAAUCACUCUCAGAAUGUUAAUGGCUUUAACCUUUGUGAAGCAGGAUGAUGAGACAUUUAUUUUUUUCCACAUUCUUUUCAUAACAAAAGCAAUCUCAAGAUGGUGACCAUAAAGCUCCCCUGUAAUAACGCAGGAAAAAAUAAACCUCAGUGGAGGAGAGAGUCUAAGAGAGUUAUAUUUUAUCAGUCUGACUGCAUAGUGAGAGAUAAACACGACAGGUUCUCUCCCCGCGUCCUAAUGACCGCUUUCUCUUCGACAGGCACAUUGAACGGCUGCCUCAGCAGACCUCACAGUGAGAGCAGCGGCGAGUUCAGCCUCAGCCUGGACCAGGAGAUGUGGUCCAGCAGCGGCAGCAGCCCCGUCCAGCAGCCCACCUCCUCGCGCUCCUCUCACCAGAGCCCCUUGCAGCUGCGCAGGUCCCUCGAUCCGUCCGCUACAGCCGGUCAGAGCCAGACCAAACCGCAAGAGAGCGAGGUGCUGUCCCUGCAGCAGUUUUUAGAUGAGGGUAUCGACCCUGCUGAGGUGAGACCCCUCCCCACUAAGGUUAAUUAUAAAUCAGUGAGUAGUUUUACCAUUUUUGUUUUAGUCAACAUGUUUUUUUAUUUAUAGCUGUGGUAUUGUGUGGAUUUGUGUGACUGAAAAUAAAACCUCAUCAGCAGAUCGUGAUAUAAAAUUAAAAAGCAUCAACUUUAUAUGAUUAAAAUACGAUUAAUUGUGUUAUCAAACAUGUUUUAAUCCACUCGUUUCCUUUGUGCUCUUCAGUCUGGCAGUCAGGAGAACCUCACUGUAGACUCCCCUCGCCUCUCCACCUCAUCUGAUCACGCACAGAAAGAACGCACUACCACCAAGGGGCGUGGCAUACUACGCUCCUCCAGUGGGAAAGCAGCGCCAGUUAGCUCCGACCGCCCACCGAGAUCCGCCGGACAACCAGGGCGCCCCACGCUGCGUAAGGCGGAGAGCACCCGUGUGAGAGGCUCUGCCCCGGUCCGCUCCAGCCUGUCUUCACAGGGCAAAGCUACAUCCGUCUCUGAGCGUCUGGACUCCGCCUCCUCAACCCUCCCCCGCGCCAGCAGCGUCAUCUCCACCGCCGAGGGCACCACGCGACGCACCAGCAUCCACGACCUGCUCUCGAAGGACCAACGGCAGCCAGUCUCCGUGGACCCAUCUCCUCCUCCUCCCCCUCCUGCCAAGGCCGGGGUUCGCUCCCAGCCUCCACCCAGUGAGUACCACCCAGAAGGACCCCUAACCAACACUGUCCACACAAACCCCCACUCUUUGCCCAAGUCUCUCAGCCUACCCUGCCAUAGCCUGGAGGAUCCCGACCUCUCCACCCUUGAGUCUUUCCUCGGCCCAUCCUUCACUGUAGAGUCCGUAUUCAUGGACUCCAUCUUUAGUGAGCCGGCAGGCAAAAACCUCCCCUUCCUCUCACUUAACCCCACCCUAGUCAGCAACAUCAGCGGGCCUCCUGUUACAAAUAAAACACACCCUCCUCCUCCUCCUGCUGCUGCUGCUGUCCCGCACUGCAUCCCCUCACAAAACCAGGCACCUCACAGCCAAUCAAACGGCCAGAUGAGAUCCAGUCCAGCCAGUCUCAGAGAGUUUAACGAGGGCGCCGAUCCCAGUCGAGUGAAUAACACAGAUCAGCCGCUGAACCCAGAGGACAACCAGUCCCUGUGGUACGAGUACGGCUGUGUGUGAGCGACAGAGAGGUGUCGGCUCGCUCACCUUUUCUUGACAAGGGGAGAGUGACGGGACGGAUGAAUGACGGACCCUCCUCCUCCUCCUCUGCAUGUAUUUAUAAGAGCACUGUCUAUCUUUGUGUGGUGGUUUUGUUUGGUUCUUUUCUGUUCCCCCCCCCGUGGUGCUGAGUCCCUGUUCGCUCUUUUGUUUUGUUUUUUUGGUUUUUUUUGGUCUUGUUCUUUUCUCUGAGGUGGGACUUUGAUGAUUUUACUCCCGUCCAACAGCCUCACCCUCACUAAUGCUUCCUCAGUGAAUCAGCAUCACACUGCUAACACUUAACUAUUAUCUGCAACUAUGGGUCCAUGUAUCCCAGUUAAUGCUUAAUGUAUCACUUAGAUAAAGCCUUUAUAUUACAGUUACAGUAAGUAGAUUCACCAGAAGAGCGGAUGUCAGAAAUAGCUGUUUGUAAAAGGAGACAGAUUCUACAUCAACAUGAAGUAUGUCAGAUAAUAGAUCCAGUCUGCACUUGGUUGGUUCUGGUGUUUCGAUGCAUCACUGCUUCAAGUCAGUUGCAUCAUUUGCAAAGUUGCAUGGCUUUUUGUGUUCCUCCUAAACUGUUCAUUUUGAUUGCUGUGAUCAAAAUGGUUUUCAGUUUUAUGUAUCUUUUUUUGUUUUGUUUUGUUUUGUUUUAUUUUGGCGGUGUGAUUUGUCGGGUUUUUGUUCUUUUUUCUUUAUUUUCAUUUUCAUGUGAUGGUGGUGAGUUCAUGCUCUGGUGGGUCUCCAGGUCUGGUGAUAAAAUGAUGAAGCUUCAUUCUGAAAACCAUCUGGGUGGAGGUAGAGCGGGUUUAGUGAAAGUUGACAGUAAAGCUAGUGGAUGUGACUGUGGAAGGUACUGUAUUUUUGCAUUAUAAGGCGCACCAUCAAUAAACACAUCUAUUCACAUCUAUUUUCAUACUUAAGGUGCACCGGAUUAUAAAGCACAUUAAGCCAAACAAAACAGUCAGAUAAGUCGAACUUUAUUGAACUCAUUCAAUUACUCCACGAGGCUACGGUAGCUGCAGUGCUCCAAAAGGAUUUGAAGUGCGCCUUAUAGUGCGAAAAAUACGGUAGUGGUUAUUCGAACACGGGGGACAGUAAAGUAAGUAGUGAGGAUUUUUCAGAUAGUUUCGCGGAUGAAGCUCACAUCAUUUCCUUUUGAAGCUUUAUUAAGAUCUCCUGAUUCACCACACUGAGUAAAAAAUGAAAGGGUAAUAUUUGAAGAUGACUAAUAUUUGAAUAUGUUGUUCAGAUUGACAGGAUGUUGUACAGAUUGUAGUAUUCAUUAAGUUAUAAUCAAUAAUGAGCACGGCAUUAUGUGCCAACAUUAGUAGUACUUCCUGCCUCUAGAUUCUUAUUUAUUCCUGCUCUUGUACGAAGGUUUCUUGAUGUUUUUGCGUUUCUUUGUUGUAUCUCCUUAAAUCUUCACUAUAUUCAGGUGUAAAGUAAGUGAAGUGUUCUUGUCACUGUCUGCAGAUGUAACAUGAACGUUGCCUUUGUCCUACAGAUGUGGAGGGCAGAAAGUCUAAAAACAGGAGUGGGGAGCCGCAGCAAAGCUGCUAGCCCCGCCCCCCACACCCUCGUCUGUCUGCUACCAUGCAGCAAGCGCAUGGUGAGUGAGUACUGCUCGAGCGGGAGGAAUAGGGAUCUGGGUGGAGGGAGGGGGUUUCGGUCUUGUCUCCAUGGGAACCCUAAAACAUGGUGUAACAGAUGUCGUCCAGCCUGCCGUGCACUUGCCUCCCCUGCCUUUCUAAGCUGACAGCACCCCUCCUUCCUCUUCCUCACUGUCCUGUUUGUCGCUGAAUGUCCCUGUGGUGCCAAACUCCUGCUCAGAACCCGAUGGGACCCCGAAGUGCCCUAGUCUGUUUGGCAUAUGGGCUGUUUCACCAUCUGAGUGGAUCCUGGCGUCGCCUGUUUGUGUCCCUAAGUCCCCCCCGACACGGAGAGUCCUGAACUCCAGCAGCUCACCGUGUCCCUCCACCAUGAUGCUUCUUAUGUUGCUGGUUCAGCUGACUGAUAAGUGUUUCCUGCUGUUAGAAAAAAAAAGGCCUUUUGCUGUGUUAAGGCUGCUUGAUGUUGCUGCAUGGCUUCUGUGUAGCGCUGAAAUCCUUCCCCACCUUCUCGUUCCCUUGACAAUGCAUGCAGAUGCAGGCUGCUUCCCUCUGUCUGCUCUUGUAAAUCACUGUCUCCUUGAUACAGUUUCUCACUUAUAACUUUCUCUUCUCUCUCUUCUCUUUUGUUUCUUCUACCUCUACUUCUUUAUUUUCAAAUCUUAACCCCUUUUUUCCAAUCUGUCUUCUUUCCACUCUCUUUGCUGCCUGGGACUCAGAGAGAAAGGUGGCCUUGGAGCUGUGUGUCUGAAGCCUAGUAGAGUAAAUCUGCUGAGACUGUCUACAGUGAGAAAAGAUUGUACAUCCCGGUAGUCCCCUUUCUUCCCCUCCUUGUUUCUUUUUAACCCCCUGAGACACUUGAGUCGAGGAAAGUGGCCUCCUUCUCUGUUUUGUUUUUUCUUCCUUGAAUCAAGGAAACGACAGAAAAGUACCCGAAAUUGUUGCUGUGACUUUUUGUUUUUCUAAACCGAGUAAGUCGUGGCAGAUUGCACUGCCAUGUGUCCUUCAGUGUGAUAGCCUGUUAAAUGUGCACUAGACUCUUUUAGACUGAAGGUUCAAGUGCCAAUGUUCACACAACAGCCAAAAAGGGCGAUCUCAAAUCAAACCGAUGACUCCAUUCGGAUCUUCUGAGCAACAGGACCUCCUUCUGUCUGCCGUCAUAACGAACAUCUUAAGACGACCUUCAGCCAGGCUCGUGAAGAACAUCCUUGAAGCAUGUCAGCACCGAACACGUUCUACUCAACCUGCUAUCAGACUCAUCUAGAACAAUCUGCAUGGAGCAAUCAAUCAGCCAAUCACCCCACUUCCUUUAUCCAAUCAAAGAGGACAGUGUUCAGUGGGGAUGUAAUUGGCCAGGAUGCCAAAUGGACUUUAACCGGAAGCCAUGACAGCUGUGUGAUUUUGGCAUCUGUUGCCCGCCAAUCAUGAGUGAAGGUUGUGUGAUCUGAGAGAGAAUGAGAGAGUGAGGAAUCAUGGGAGAGUUCCAGGUCACCUAUAUGAAAGUUGGCCUCCAGCUGACACUUUGAAACAGUCUGUUUAUCUUCGCUAUGAAUCUUCUAUCAUUAUCAAUCAUCCACCAAACGGCUUCACAUGUAUCACUCCGCUUCCCGCUCUGAAAAGAAAACCCGCACUCUUCCUGUACAGUUCAGUAACAAAGCAUCUUAGUGUCGUGUAUCAAAUUCUGAUGAAACACUCGGUUUGUUUAUAAAUCUGACUGGAGUAUAGGUGACCUGUGACCUGUCCAGUGCAUACAGAACGUGCAGAUUUCUGUGGCUGUGUUCAAUACGAUGUUAUUAAUGAGAUCCAGUGUUUUCCUCUUUUUCCACUUUUUACAUAAACCCAUUUGAUGUAAUUAAAAUUCAUCAAGACUACUGUGUGCUCUUUGUGUUUUCUGCAGAUAAAAUACACAUACAAAUGUCUGCGUUGGUUCAGAAACUUUCACUGGAAUCAGUGGAAGAAAUCACAGCCUUGCCUGAGAAUAUCACUGUGGACUGAAAUACUUAGGUUGUUUUUUGCUGCUCAAUCAAUCAAUCAAUCGGUCAAUCACUGCAGUCAAUAAAACACUCCACCUGUUCCAGAGUACAGGUAUGCCUAACUGAGAAGUUGACAGUCUUGAACAUUACAGCUCAAAACUCAUCUAUUUAGCCUGGUUGUUAUUUGAAGCGUCAUUAUUUUAAUUACUAUUGUAAUUUAUUUAUUUUGUAAGUAUCACUUUUUACCUUAUUUUAUGAAUAAAUUCAAGUUUAUAUUUUGUUGUCUGUUUUAGCAAUAGCAAUUUUUAACAAUAACUUGUUUUUCUGGUCCUGAUGUAAAGCACUUCGAGCUGCAAUUUCAUUUGUAUGAACAGUGCUGUAUAAAUAAACUUUGAUUGAUUGAUUGAUUGAGAUGAGUGUCAGAGGAAAGGAAUAACUAUAAAAACACUCGUAUGACUAAACUGAAGCUGAAAGGUCAAUUAAUAAAUUUUGCGUUUGCCUGAAAAAAGGAA